CUCACUUGUCUUAAAUGAUUUAAACCAUGUACUGUUGUACAAAUCACAUAUUUUUAAAAAAUGUCAGUUUUUAAAUUUGACUCUUAAAAGUUAAUAAACAGAAAAGUGUAUGACGGACGGGAUAGUCCAUAGGAAGUGAGAGCUUAGAGGAGGGGGACUCUUUGAGGCAGCAAGUCACCGAGGGGAGGGCAACAGGAUACAACAUGUGGGUGGACCUCUGUGAUUGUUUCACUCUCUCACUUUCACACUCACUUUCCUUCCAAACAGGAGAACUUUCCAUGUUUUGGAGUCAAACUGUUGCAGCGUCGAGUUCCUCGAGUCUCCUCCACCUGAAUUUCUUCAACGUUUGACCAACUUCUCCAAGAAGUUGAACAAGUUCCAGGAUUUCAUUCUUGACUGACGAGAAAAUCUGAUUAUUUGUUGGAGACUGAGCUGCUCUUGUCAGAUCUACGACAAUGGCAGAGAGCACGUCGCCGGACGCCAAGGUGAUCCUGGAUCCGGAGAAGACUGACAGCAAGGACAAAAGUGAAGUUUCAGCUGACUCUGCAGCAGCUGUGGCAGCGGCUAAAGUCAGACCUUCAGACCUGGGGCUGAUUCGAAGCUUGUCCAAGUCGGACUCUGACUUGUUGGCAUCUCCACCCGGGGAGGAGGAUGGAGGAGGUCUGGCCGGCCGCAGUGGGUCUGUGUCUAACUGCAGCUCCGGGCAGCCGUCCAUGGAGCGCAUGCCUUCCUUUGCCUCGGAGUGGGAUGAGGUAAUACUCGAGCUCUCUGGGGAUGAGAAACAAGUGGGAGGGUGUCGGGGAGGGAGGGAGUGGCAGUGUCGGGGUUAAGGAGUGGGCACACUUUCAAGUAGAGUUAAUAUAUUUAAGAGGGAGUGUGUUAGCGAGUGUGAGAGUGUUAAAAAAAAAAAAAACAAGAUGCAGCUAAAAAGAGGAGAAAAAUGAAGCAGCACAUUUCAGGGAAGAGAAAGGGAGGAAGGAAGGAAGGAAGAAAGGGAGGAAGGAAGGGAGGAGGAGAAGGAGGAGGAGGGAGCAGAGGCAGCAGUUGGAGAGCGAUCAGGAGUCCAGCAGCAGCAGUGAUAGACUGUAGUAACUUUACCCCGGCUGUUGGCGUAGAGCGCCUGCGGCUCAGUGCUUGAAUGCAUGAAUGGCUUGAUCACUUGCACCGACCUCCCUGUAGCGGCCCUGGCAUCCAAGACUAAUUGGGCUUGUGCUGUCAUCCCACAUCCACUCAGUACAUGUCUCAGGGGCCGGCCCACGCUUCCUCUGUCUCCUCCUGCACUCCUCUGGAUCCUUUGCUACGUCUUGCGCCAUCUACUUUCAGCUCACUGUGAGCGCUCCCCCCCCGCCCCUCUCUUAAAGUCUGUACUUGUGAUUUUUCAGCAGUCAGGAGCAUCAAAGCAGCAGAGCCUACAGCCAUGCAAAUGUAUUAAUAAUUAUGUUUUAUUAAAACUUCUGAACACAAAUAAAUAGUCGAAACCUGCAGGGACGGCGGUUCAUGCUAUUAAUAUCACUCUGCGCAGCUCGCGGGGAAAAUUAUGCAAUUUUUCAAAUAAUGUCUGCGGCAGGCGGGAACACUCCUCACACUUUUUACUGAGCGCACGACACCUUCAACACACAAAUAAACCAACACGUGUCUGCAGCUGAGUGCAACCUUUUCUUUUAGGGGUUAACAGCUGAUCGAAGUUUUAGUCUCAGUUUUACGAUUCAUCAUUACAAACAUUAGUCAGAGCAAUUACAGAUAAAAGUGAAAUUAAAGGUGUUGUAGGCAGGAAUCUGUAAAAGAAGCAUUUUUUUAUUUUGUGGUGUAUUUACAAAAACUCUUCUAAUAUCAGUCAAUAGUUAUAUGUUGUUGAUGACAUUUGGUAAUAUAUGGAUAUCUCUGUGUUCUCUUAUGUCUGUGUCGUCAACAUUUGAACAUUUUUGAGCGGUCCGCUCUUUCUGACUGUAAACAAAGCCGUUCUCCACCUCCUCUAACCUGAUUGGUUGUGAGGCAGACGCUGCUCCCCCGUGUCGUUCAGGAGCCCAAACAAAGUUAGCGUGCUACAAUAUCGGACAGUAGAAACCAACCAGAAAGUUCGGAAAAUUGUCUGAAUCCUCCUUUGGCCACGACUGCCGACACAAGCAAGAAAACAAAGUAAAUACCGGAGACUCUGGAGGAAUAACGGGCGCUUAAAACGGAGGUAGACCGGACAAGAGCUAAAAAGCCGGGUCAACAUAAACCAUGGGGGACGCUUGGGGAUCUUGGUGACCCUGUAACCUUUCUGCUGGACAGGUAAACCGCUUUAACAAAGUAAGACAAGUGUCUGUAACAGAAGUGUUUCCUGUCAAACGGACCUGCUGUAGCGUGUUGUAGCGCCAUCGCUAAACUGUCCUCCCUCGGGUCCUGGACUAUGUCACUUUAUCCUCGUUGUAGAAGUCCUGCAAACAUUGUGUUUGCUGGUAGUCUGUUGUCAUCUACAGUAGCACCAAUGCUUUUGACUUUCACCUUGACUGGGCCCCAUUUGUAAUGAUCUGAAGGAUUUAUCUGCAUUAUAUCUGAAUUUAAUUGAACGAUACGCUACUCCUCUCCUCUGGUGUUUUUGUUCCGGGGUUACGGGGACGUGUUGCACGUGCACAUGCAUUGUCCGAUCAUACUCUGGCUACACUGGUUACAUGGGAGAGAAAAUCGAAUUCCAAUCGCAUUAUCUGGGUCUCUUAAUCGGAGUUCUAUAGUUGGACUAAGGUGUUUUCAUGACCUUCAGUUAUCUGGUCUUUAUCGGAGUAAGGCGAUAAUUCGGUUUUCUCGGGUGUCAUGGAAACAGACUGAGUGUGUCUCUAGAAACCAAUGGCUGACAUGAUCAGCUCUGUCCAUAUUUAACACAGUCUGUGACCUCGAUGUCUCUUGGACUCCUGAAAGACGAGCCCGUCUCAAAGGUUAUCAAGGUCACACCGACAGGGUCGGUCUUCUGCUGCAUGUUAGUGUUGGUCGAUACAACAAGAGCUGCUGGGAGUUACUUCGGACAUGUUGAACUUUAACUUGGCUCUGUAUACCCUUCUGUUUGUCACCUCUGCACGUCCACUGCCGGCUCUCUGCUCCACCCCUCUGCCCUCUGACAGACAUGUUUAUUCAGGCCAUGUUGGGUGGGGUGUCCUGUUCUCAAGGGCAUCCUGUUUUGCAGCUGCUACCGAGUGUCUGUUUCUCUUCCAGAUUUCAAGGGAUUUGUUUGGGUUGGAGAUGUGUGUGCGUGCGUGUGAGCGUGAGUAGCAAGGGGCAAAAUAUGACUCUGCCUGGUGAGUUUAUCUCAUGAAGGGAUCAACCACCACCAAACAUUAAAAGUGACACGAGGCUCAGAGGGAGGCAGAGCUCAUGGUCAGAGAUGUAAACACACACGCACUCGUGUCGGUGCAUGCUCUCUCAGAAAUCAACACCGCUGCAUACAAAUGUUGGCAUUUUGAUGUUAUUAGAAAAAAAGACAUUUUCAGGAUGAAGAGUAACCUUUAAGCCUCGCUGACAUUUUAACUGUAAAUUUUGUUUUUGCUUCCAAGCUCGUGUCACAUUUUGGCCUUUUUUUGUGCUGGAUAUUGUCGUCGCCGUCAUUGAACGAUAGCUCUAUGCAGGAACUGCCGGAUGGGCUGUAUGUACAUGAAUUUAGAUUUGAAGGAGAAUAAAUUAGAUCCUCCAAACUUGUACAACCUAAAUGCAUGAAAACACUUAUUCCCAGCUAUAUAUCUUUGAGUGAGAUCCACUCCAGUCCCUUUCGUCCCUGAUGUCGGUGGCUGCAGCUGCAUGCUGAAUGUUAAUGCCUGAGUGAUUAAUGGUGAUGUCCUCUUUGCUGUCUCAAAGUUUUUGUUGGAUAAGUAAAUCAUUUUGCAACUUGAGCAACUGUCCCCGCUGAAUCUGUGGGCCUUCUCUAGUUUAUCACAAUCAAUUUUUUUUUUUUUUAUACAUUUCGAGGACGUCAUCUUUGAAAGAUCUGUACACAGAUAGAUUAGGACAAGAGAGUUUAACUAACGACUCUGUUCCUUUUAGAAAAGACGAAUGAAACAUACAAAGUGAUUUUGUUCCAUGACAAAAGAUUUCUUGAUUUUUUUGGACAUUUAAAAACAAGCUGUUGGUUAUGAUCAGAGACUGUCUCUAGAACGGACGCCGUCCGCCGUCCGCCACUCUGAGAACAGCGCCCUCUGGUGACGGGCUGCAGUAUAGGUCAUAAACCCCGCCUCCUUAUGGAGCUGUGGACAAACUUUAUAAAUUAAUGACACAGAAUAUAAAUGUUUCUCCCCCUACGAUCCCGUAGGCAAGAUUUUUUCCCUAGGAUGAAAAAGGAAAAUCCACGCCCCCAACCCAGUUGAUCGGUUUCUACACAGUCUCUCACUUCUACCUCGAAUGUCUGUGUUUUUCUUUGGUGUUUUUGGAAAUAAAAAUCAUUUCAUUAUGGACGAAAUUGACAAAGUUAUGUCUUCUCUAAAUCAGCACAAUAAUUGAGUGUAACUUACAUUAGCUUAAAAUCCGUCAUGAAAAUGUUAUGAGUAAAUGUCUCUUUAAAUAAAGUUUUAGUGAAAUAAUAGGAAGGUCGCCACAGAGCAGAGUUAGUCUGAAUUAACGAGAUCUUGGUUCUACGAAAAGUUCAUAAAAAAUAUUAUUACUGUCUGACAUUUGACCAAAGAAAUAGAUCGUUGCAUCAGUUUGAAGAGUUUUUUUAAUUUUAGCAAGAAAAUGAAUUUUUUUAAUGAGCAGUCUAAGAAAUUAGGGCUGGGACGAUAUGCUUUUCUCCCGAAUCGAAUCUUCUACGAUUUUUUGGAUGCCGAUUCGAUAGAAAUUGUGAUUCUAAGAUUAUUGAUUUUUUUCGAUUUUUCGUCUGCAUUUUUAACUUCAGUGAAACAGUUGAAUGAUUAUGAUUGUCUACUGACUAUUCCAGGAACCAUAUUCCCCCCAAAACUACAUAUCACAUUAAAAAAAUCACUUUACAAUUGUAAAACAAAAAAUCGCAAUACACACGUGAAUUAAUUUUUUCUCCCAUCCCUAUAAGAUAUAUAUAUAUGUAUAUAUGUAUAUAUGUAUAUGUGUGUGUGUAUGUGUGUGUGUGUGUGUGUGUGUGUGUGUGUGUGUAUAUGUUUAUAUGUAUAUAUGUAAAUAUAUGAGCCACAGAGCACAAUGACAUGCUGAAAACAAACAAAAAUAAAGUAGCUGUAUUGAAAGAUGUGUUGUUGAGGCCGGUGUAAAAGCAAAUUAGACUUUUCAUGUUAAUUGUCGGUCCACUGCUUCCUCUUCGCCAACUGAUCAGAUCCUGUGUUUCUCAUGUGGUUGGUCGACUGUUUCUCCCUUUAAAAAGGCCUCCACACUGCCAACAUCGGAGCCACAGGGUUGAUUAUCGUAGAUUCAUGAUGAGUUUGUGUGUUUUUUGGCUCAGAUUGUGCUCAGUUUGUGAAAGCAGAUGUAAAUGAUUUGCUCGAAUUGCUGAUCCCCCAUCAGUUAAAAAUGCCCGGAUUGACCUCAGUGUAAAAGUUGAGAUCGGGAUCAAGACAGCCCUAUAUCUUUUACUGUACCUUUAGAUGUAAAAAUAUACAUAUUUUAAUAUAGUUUGAAGGGAUUCAUGGGUAAAUUGAGGUUAUUAAUGCAACAAGAUGCAGGAGCUAAAGCAAGGAUUAACAUCUCUGAAAUACUUCAUGAGCGAACAUAACGUACAUUACCUUAAACUUCUGUUUUCAGUCCUAAUGAAGCUGUCUCUAACUUAAAAAAAGCUGAUUGGGAUGAAAGUUUUAAAGCACAUGCCCCUUUUUUCCACCUGUUCACUCUCACUUUAGCUGCUGUGGAACAACUCAGCAUGCUCUUGUCUGUGUUUUGUCGGGCAUCUCCUAAAAAAAAAGGAACAUAACCACUAAACCUCAAAAAGGAUCCAUGAGCAAGGUACAUCCACACUCCUUUUUGUGUGUUUAUGCAUUUUUUAUAUUCCCCCAAGGUUGAUACCAAAAAUAACCCUAUUAUGUAAGAAUCUUGCAUCUCACUGACCACCACAUGCUUUUCUUAUUAUAGAGAUGGAGGCAUAUAUGAUGAAGGUGAUUGACAUCUUCACCACAUCUGUUCGAUACUCAGAAGGCAAAGGUUAACACAACCACAUGUUACAAAUGCUUGAGUGGCUUCAUUCGUGUGCAUACUCUCUUUCCCAGAGGUAUUCUACAGUUCAUUACACAUGCAAGCUUUUAAUGCAUACUCUGUUUGUGUGUGUGUGUGUGUGUGUGUGUGUGUGUUUUAUGUAACACAUAUAUGCAGAUUGAGAUCUUUAAUCAAAAUGCAUAAACAGUAUUUCAUGAUGUUCACUUUGUUUCAGUCUCAUCCUCAGACUGUAUAUGAGUGAUUCACUGGUUAUACGACAUUAUUUCUUAAUUCUGGAGUGUGUUUCACAAACAUCACUCUAGGUUUUGUUUUUGUGGUCUGUAAUCUCCCAAUUAUCUGAAACUGAAAUGACCGCAGUGACGAUUAUAGAAGGAGUGUUUUUUUAACUGAGGUAGAUUUAGACCAUAAAGCAGGAGGAUUUUGUGUGAUGUGUAUAAGGUGGUUUAUAAUUCAUAUAGAGAGCUACAGCAGAGUGAACACGUCCCAGGAUCUGGGUAGACAGAUGUGGUCCAUGAAUAUGAGAGUAGUGGUGAUGGUGUUUGUUGGGGGGCUGAGCGUGGGGGAGGUACGUCCCUCUUUCACCGCCAUAUUGCCCGUAAAAUUUCCCAUCAGGUGUAACAUGAGACAUCUCAUUUAGGGCUGCAGCUAAUGACUGUUUGAGAGCUGACGAGUCAUUGAUUAGUGAGAUGAUUGAUUUACCAAUCAGAUUAUAAAUGGCUCAAGUAAAAACAAUAAAGUGGUUCUUAUUUAUCCAUCAGCUUUUAAAUUUGACACGUAUUCACAUAAGAUGAAUAAUUUAGUAAUAAUUUAAUAUGUGGUUGCUAUAGUAACGUUAGAGUUUACCCUGUAAAUUUGUUGUUGUUGUAAAAGAGGAAAUAUUACUGUUUCCACACAUCAAGCGCGAGUAAAAUCAUUCGCGCGAAUGAAUUACAUGUUAAGUCAAUGCAAAGACGCGAAUGAUGUGAAUUGGCGUGAGCUGAAUAUGUCUUAGCUUGCGCAGAUAUUCGCUGAUAACCAAUCAGUGCGAAGGUUGCCGGGUGGCGUAUGGAAACGGACGGUUGUUCACUGGUAUCUAAAGUGGAGGACAAUCUGAUCGCGCCGGUUUGUGGGUGCCCUGAAUUAUAUGAUACUUUUUAAAAAGGAAAUCUCCUGGAGGAAAGUGAGUGAGGAGGUCGUAUUAUCUGGUAAAUGUUAAAAACGUUUUUGUAUCACUUGAUCUGCUGGUUAAAUUGGCAGGGAUUACCGUUGAAAUUACGGUUGACGUGCGAAUGAAGCGAGUAAACACGAUUCAUUUACAUGUCUAGAUUUCCACUCUCAGUGUGAGCGCCCCAGAAGAGUUCAGUGGGAGAGGAAAGAUGGAGCUUUAAGGGGAAAGAUUUUAAAGUGAGAGAGUGUAAAUGUAAAAUUAAUUGGUUGAUAUUUAAGUAAGACAGUAUUUGACUUUAAAGUUCCCGUUUCAGAUGAGCUCCCACCAUCAGCACAUUUAGAAAUCUCCUUUUUCAGUCUGAAGGGUCAAAAGUUCCCGGGCUUGUUUGGGAAUAUUGUGAAGAAAUGGCGUUGCAUUGUCUCCAGUUUUGUUGCUCCGCUUUGUUCACUUGUUGCUUCCUGUUCACUUUUGCACAGAGAAGAUGAUGAGGAUUUAUCAGACAGUUUAAAAUCCUGCACAGUGAAAUCACUGAUCAACUAAUGACCUUUAAAUUCAUCAGAAACUUAUUUUGACACUGAGUUUUGUUUAUGCUGAUGAAUUGUUUCACCCUCAAUCACAUAGUAUCAGGCCAGAGUCGUGGGCAGAUGAAAAAACACCAGAGUCAUGUCUCUACUCACCAAAAUGAGGAGGGUUAAAUAUUCUGAUUCUGUAGCAAAAUGACUCAACAUCAAGUUUUUUUUCCUCAGAGAAGUUUUACUCUGUUUAUUUGUCCCUCAGAGACACACAGACAUCAGGCCUCUUGUGAUAAUAGAAAUGACUAUAUCACGCCUACAGGCUUCAGCUUGAACAGCCAUGUUUGAGCCUUAAUCUGGUCAAAUAUUUAGCAGCAGGUGUCUCUUAAGGAAAAAAGUCGAUGUGCUGCAGAAUUGACAUGAUGUUUGUAUGUGUCAGCGGGACCCUGCAAAGUUCUGACAUGCAGACAGCAGCGGGUGAUAAGAAGUUAUUGUCAGACCUACUAUUUGAAACUAUCGACUGCUAAUAAAUCAGAAAAGUUUCUCAGAGCGUGUUGGAAAAACUAGAUAUUGCUAAAUAUAAACCAGAAACAGACAAAGUGAGAGGAGAGGCAGUUCGUGUUGAGCUGAUAAUCUGAUUUCAUACAGGUAGAGACAGAAACACUGCAGAUUUAGAUUUAUGAUAAACUGACAUUACUCUGAGUUAAACCCAAUUUCAAGCUCAGGCUGAGAGCUGGAAACAGUUUCAUGGUUAAAUCUACACAAACCAACGCUGCGUUCGCGGAGCUGUCGCUGCCAGAAUCUGGAAAUUAAUGUGAUUUUUUAGAAAGCAGUUGAAGACUGAGAGAAAAAUCAGUAAGACCUUAUAGAAAGCUUUAGAUAAAGGUUUGUUUCCUUUGACUGUAAGAGCCGAACAAAUCCAAUCUGUUUGACACUUCUUUAUGUUACAGUUGUAACUAUAAAAAAAUCAUCAAGCUUUUAAAAACGCCAAACAAAUUCAGUCUUCAUACUCGAGUACACAACCGAGGCUGUCAUGGCUUUACUGUUAUUAUUAUUCUCAGUGGCUGCUUGCUUUAUUUAUGUUGUGUGGUUUCAGAGCUGUCAAAAAAAUAAAAAUCAAUCCAGAUCAUGAGCGCUGCCGGAUGGAAUUAUGGGAUCUGGGUCUUGUAUCGUGUGGAGCGACCAGCCCAUCUGUCUUUAUUGACAGUGAUACUGAGACGGUAAUCCUGUUUCUAGAGCAAAGCCAGUGAAGCAGGAAGCUUUUUAACUUAGUUUAUUUUAUCCAGCCAUCAUUUCCAUUUUGUUCAGUAAAGCUGAACUGCUAUGAUUUAUGUGUAAACACUGGCUCACAGGACAAUAUUGCACUCUCCAUUUUUACAGCACAUUAUUGAGGAGGAUUUUAAUGGCGUUGACUUGACAAGAAAGAGAGCGGAAAGAAACCCAAUUUUCACGCUCAGACCUUGAACAGCAAGCCGAGAGAGCGGAGCCGUGCUUUUACCAGAAGUUGAUUUCCACCGUUUUUCUGGUCCUUGUCGUAGACAUUUUGAUGAUGACCAAUUUACUUUUCAAAGAAAGGAAAACACUCAGAAAAGUGUCCAAAUUGAGCACAGUUUAUUGGAGGGAUCUCUUGAAUUAUUCAAGGAAUCACAGUGUUAGUGGGUAAACAGCGCCACAUUUGUUUAUUGACGGAGAUUAAUUUAAGCAGCGCCGGCAUCAUGAGUCUUUGGUUCUGUUUGCAGUGGACUGGGGUUCGAAACUGGAUUCAACAUCGGACCUGGUUAUUAUGAGGGGGGGACAACCUCCACAGUAGGGGUGGGAAUCACCAGUGACUCCACGAUAUGAUAUUAUCAAGGUAUGAUUUUAUCACGAUACGAUAUUAUCAUGACACGUGGGCCAUGAUACAAUAUUAUUGCGAUAUAAUAUCAUCACAAUACUCCCACCAUGAUAUGAUAUUAUCACGAUAGUUGGUCAAAGAUACGAUAUUAUUGUGAUACUUGGGCCACGAUACGAUAUUAUCAAGACAGUUCGGCCACAAUACGACAUUACUGCUAUUUUUAACAUUUUCAAUACAGUGAGUAUUGCGAUACUAUACAUAUAUCACGAUCUAUACAGUUUUUUCAAAUGUUUAGCGAAUUUGGCAUUUGUCUGUCCUUUAUGUUUGUCUUAUUUACGCAGUAUUUUAUUUUCAUGUAGCACUUCUUGCUAACCUUAAAUAUGUUAGCAACCUUAAUUUGUUGUCCUAACUUUCUCCUGCUCUAUGAUUUCACCUCUGCUAACCUCACUGGACAAACAAUUGAUUUUAUUUUUCCAUUAUUAUAGAUUUGACUUCAUAUUAGCAGUAAUUAAAAAAAAAAAAAACGUGGUAAAUGAGACGAUACAUUAUAUCACCAGACAAAAUAUCAUGACUCUAUGCUGUUUCUUUUUUUUCUUCUCACCCCUACUGCGUAGCCAAGUACAUGAAGAUUGUGCAUCAACUUAAAGCUCCUGUGAUACGUUUAUUUUUUUCAUGUUUAUAAAAUAGAUCAAAAUUUAAUCUGAUACCUCUUUAUCCAAAAGUAAACAAAACCAUCAGGGACAAGAUUGACUAUUUUUUAAUUCAUUUAUUUUUUAUUUUAGUUUAGUUGUUUUCUAAUGUCUGAGCAGCUGAAGAAACUGUCAAUAGCAUCUUAAAAUAAAAUAUUUAAUUUAUAAAAAAAUUUAGUACAAACUCACGACUUAAUCAUGCAGAGGACAAGGUACGUAAUGACCACUUUGUCCACAUGGGGCGCCAAAGUUGAUACAAAUGGAAGUUCCUAUAAGGACCUUUAAACAAAAAUAGACUCCUGGAUGUUUUGAGAUUACAAACCGAUGUAAACCGUAGAAGCUGCUGCAGAACAACCUCCAUCUCUACUGAAAACACCCAAACUUUGAAGAAAUCCUCAUCAAUCAAAAUGGUAAUCUAAUUAUUAUUACCAGACGAAUGGAGCAGAAUCAAAGUUCAUCAUUCAAACACGGUGACAUCAAUAAGGUGCUAACCAGAGCGAUUUACCUGAGCUGCUUCCCGACCAACGGUGGGUGGAUCAGACACAGCUCAUUAGUGGGACUUUUGGCCUGCAGUAAUGAAAGAAAAUCAAUUAGCGUAAUCAACUGGCAAUUGUGCCGGGUGUUGAGGCUGACAUCUUGAUUAGUGGACUUAUUCUGCAUAUUCUCAGUCUGAAACUGAGCCAAACCAUGAAAUUACGUCUAGUAGUUUAAUUCAUUUCUUUAACUAAUAUGAUACUCUUUGUUUCAGGGCCGUCACUCCAGCUGUAAAAACAUCCGAUAAAUUCACGUCACAUGAAACACUAAUCCAGUUUAAGUGUCAGGAUCCAGACUUCUGUCCUGAGUUUGCUCACACUGUAAACUCAGGAGUUAUUUUUAGGGUGUAUUAUAUAAUGAGCGGAGGUACAUUAAGGCCUGUGGAGAGGCUGACUGACUUCUUGCCAAUAUGGAGAUUGCUAUACACUAACAAGCACAGACUGUGUCAUGUUGGAGCCACAUUGAUUCACGUCAGCAUCUGUUGUACUUGGAUUGCAGAGACAAAAAAGAAGCAGCAUAUGUUGGUCUUUUAAUCUUUCUCCCUUUUUCUGGGUCCAUCAAAACCCAAAAUCCAGCAUCAGCAGAAACUGAAGUUGGGACGGACUUUAAAGGUUUUUUUUUAAGCUCAAAUCUGUUUCCAAACUUUGAAAUAAGUAUCUUUAAGACUAUGCUACCACUUUCUCAACAUCAUGUAAAGGGUGAGUGCCAAUUUAUAUGACCACAUCUUCUGUACAUCAAAUUUAAUCAAGAUCAGAGUUCACACCAAGAAAUCUCCCUUCAGAUAUCUAGACUUGGGAUCUUGUAAUUCUUCAAACUGAGCGAGUACUUACCCUCGAUAUAUCCACCUGUUUCAGGUUUGAAGAGAAUGAGUCAUUAAUCUUGGAGGAGUGUGGCCAAGGACGAGAAAUAAUCCCCCAAAUUCCAUCAGUCACUCGACUGUUCACACCAAAACGUGGGUAAGAGAGGGUGACACGGAAUGGGGAAUCUUUGCAGCGUGUGCAGGAUUUGAAGAGCAGAUCAACCUGUAUUAAUAUGUAAAUCACUCCAGGAUGCAGCGCUAUCACUCAGGGUUGAGCACCGCUGCUUUAAUGACAGUCCACUCAGAGCCCCAUUUGAUUCAUAACUGCUCCGUCAGUUACAUUUCUGUGUGAAUAGAUCCUCUGAUUAUUUCCUUCCUGCUCCGACACGUUCACCGGAGAGCAGCUUUUGGUGUCAGAUUAAAUUUUCAAUGGAGAGUUGACUCACAGGUCAGUGUCAGUGAAACAAAUCCAGUACGGAUCUCUCAAAACUCUAAACCUCAUUCCUGGAAUAUUUACUCAUGACUGUGGAUGUCAUUAUUUCUGCUGCUGUUGAAUUGUAGUGAGGAGUAUGAGAAAGUGUUUCUGUAGUUAAGUCAUCCAUCAUAAGUACAAAAUCAGGAGUUUAAGAUUCAUUUUCCAGUUGCUAAAUAUUAGGGGUGGGAGAAAAAAACAAUACAGCAUAGAAUCGCAAUAUUUUGUCUGGUGAUAUAUCGUAUCGUCUCGUUUACCAAGUUUUGACUUUUUUUUAAAUUUAUUGUUUAUAUGAAGUCGAAUCUAUGAUGAUGAUGGAAAAAUAAAAUCAACUGUUUGUCCAGUGAGGUCGGCAGAGGGGACAUCAAGGUUUGUAUACGAGAUGUGCUACAUGAAAAUAAAAUACUUCGUAAAUAAGACAAACAUAAACGAAAGAAAAAUGCUAAAAUAGCUAAACAGUUGAAAAAACUAUAUAGAACACAAUAUAUGGUAUUGCCAUACUCACUGUAUAGCAAAAUGUUAAAAAUUGCAAUAAUAUUGUAUCGUGGCCCAGGUAUCGUGAUAAUAUGGUAUCGUGAUAAUAUCAUACUGCCCCAAAGUAUCGUGACAAUAUCGUAUCGCGAUAAUAUUGUAUCGUGGCCCAAGUAUCGUGAUAAUAAUUAUAGUAUAGUGGGACCACUGGUGAUUCCCAGCCCUGCUAAAUACCUUGUAAUCACUUUUAUUCCUGGCGUUGUCGUUAUCUCACUCUCUUAUCAUUAUUUCCUCAUCAAUCUAAGGGACUCUUCAGCCUCUUGAAAGAUUUAACAGUUUUUCACCCUGGGAGCUCUCUUACAGGCUAAAAUGACUUCUGAAUAACUUUUAUCUUUUAAAGUCCUCGUCUGAACUUUCAGGGAAAAUUCUUAGAAAACAUCCUGAUCUGACGGAUUUUUACAGAAUUUCAGAGUAACUCAUCAUCAGACUUCUGAGUGAAUACAGGAGAGACUCUAUGGACUCUCAUGUUAAACUGUCUCUACACACAUACGGUCCAUACAGCUCUGUUCCAGGGACAUGACUGGAGACGAUAUGUUCAUGUUAUACAGUCUGUGGUUCAGGAAUGAGGAAACAACAUUUAAAGUCCCACUCUGAUCAUUUUUUUUACCACUUAAAGUCCUCUCAGUGGUCUUUAAAUUGUGAUUUUAAAGUUUUUAACCAAAAUCACGUUACCUGUGUCAUUUUAUAGGUUUUUUCUUCUGCAGAGCUCCAGUAGCUCAUUAGCAAUUCGCAGGAGUCAGCGCUUCUCUGCACACUCCUCCUCACGCUAGCUUGCAGACUAACUUUGCCGGUAUAGCAGUAGAAGAAGCAGGUAACAAAGGAGCUAUUCUGCUCUCUGACACUGAUGUCUUUAAUAACAUGAUGAAAGUUAAUAUCAUGAUUAGCUUUCUUACGAGCACUGCAGUCUGCAGUCUGCUCGUCCACUCUAUUUCUCAGAGACUGGCCUGCACAGUGGGGCUCCAGGGGCGGAGCUUAGAUUUGUGAUGUAGGAAAUCUCUCUCUGUCUGAACCUGCUGUUUGGGUCUGCCAGAGAUUCACAGAGAUUUUUGAAAUGAAGAAAUAUUCAGAAAUACAAUUUCACUUAUUUUUCUCAUGAUGUGUCGUGUAGCAUCAAAGAAAUGAACAUAUGAACAUGUAAACGACAAGAAAAACAGGAUUUCCAUCAGAGUGGGUCCUUAACACCUUGAUUUAAGUGUUAACUGAACAACUAUAAGUGCUGAUUAUUGAGGUUUGAAGAUGGUGGUAAUUUUAUAUCUAAAUGGUUUUUACCUCCAAAAAGCCAAACAAGCUGUUUGAUGAUUUGCCUGUUGAUCGAUCGACUGUAUGGGACAAAUCUACGAAUGAAUAAAAACAAACUGACUGCUGUUCCAAAAAGAAGGAGAAUCAAUGCUGUGAUUUUUCUCAUUUUAACCCCCCCACAGUCUAAAACAUGAACCUGCUGUGUUUUAGGGGUUAGUAGUCACUGCUUCAGUUAGUAUUUCCUCCAGGUGGUCCGGUUCAGCCCCUCAGGGUUCGGUCCCACAGGGUUAAGUUAAUGAGCGACUCUUAAUUGCCGUCAGGUUUGAACUUGAGCUUCAAGGACAUCAUCCGUGUGGCGCUCAGUGUAAACGGGGAUUAUCUCCGGCCCUCCUGCGACCCUCUGAGAUAAGCAGGUGUAGCUGUCAAAGCCACUGGUGGAAAUACUAAUGCGCUUUUUGACCUUGGCUUGUCAAAGAGGACGUUGACGUGAAAUCAGCAGAUACAUCAGCACUCAAACUUUGACAGUGCGAGGUUUCCCGGCAGCAGGGUUUGGAUGACAGGCUCUGAUAGGGCGCACUUAAGCUGAUGUAACGCCGUCCUGCUGAAUGUGUGUAUGAUAUAGAAUGUAACUGGGUUAAUUCAGAGAGUAAUGUGAGGUCUGUAUCGCUGAAGGCAUAUGCCACGCGUCCCACGUGCCUGACUUCCAAAUGAAUCAAGGCUUUUCCACAGUGUUGAUGCCACUAGCGGAUUGCAUAGGGCUUUUUCAAACACUAAAUAUUACAUCAAAUACACCCGGCUGUGUCUCUGGUGUCACUGGUGAAAGCAGAAUCAGCUUUUCAGGCUCACAAAAAUCAGCGUCCUUCCUCACUGAUUGUGGAGAGACGACUCCACUGAUUCUAAGUUUAGUCUCCAGAGCGGAUUUGAAAGAGUUUGCAGAUAGAGUUUUUUUUUUGUAGGUGCCCCCAGCUCGCUAAUUACCUUGUUUCAAAAACGAUCGAAUGAACUUUGAGAUAAAAAUCUUCUCUUAAGUAGCGGAGGAAUAUGCAGCGUCAUUAAAGUGCAUGGCUGAUCUUUUUAUGAAAAAGGGGGAAAUGGUGCGUUUAUGUCUGCAGAAGGUCCUUAAAGCAUGAGUGUGCUGCUCUGGAGAUAAAUGGCUUACAAUUGCUGAGAUACGGGCACUUUAUUAAAAUAUGCAGUAUACGAUAAGAGUUUAAAAAGUUUGCUGCAGUUUGAAUGUCAUGCAUGACUUAUGGUAAUAUAUAUAUUUAUGCAUAUAUAUCAGGAAAAAUGACAUUUAGUUCUUGAUAUUGAACAGAAAAAGGGCAGAUGAGGACACUCAGUUCAGACCUGAUUUCAUGUAUUUAAAAAAGGAGUUUGACAUUUUCGGAGCCGUGCUGCUUUCUAACUGUGCUGUGAGUUUAGCUGAGAAGAUCGCUGUCACGUUCUCAUCUCUCUGUUCAGAGACAAGAGAGAAAGUCAGCAGGAACACAGCGAUCAUGGCUCGAAGUCAUCCAAUUAAAACUGCCUCGUAGCCUCUUUAUUUAAAUGAGUAAGUAAAAGAAAAGUGUAAAUAUGACACACUGACAUCCUGUCAAAACAGGGACUUUGGCAGGAAACCAGCCAACCUCCCCUGUAGAAAUGUCAUUUUCUGCUUUAACACAAGAGAUGAAUAACAACAGAGUCAGUCACUGCGGCCUCUUUCAGGCAGUUUAUGACUCUUUCUAGUCCAAACAAAGCGAAUCACUCAGUGUGUUUACAGUCUCAGUUUAAUCGGACUGAGUUCAUGAUUCGUUUUUUCUCUGAAUCAGACUUCUCUCCUCGUCCUCGUUUACAUGCAGCUGAGAAAAUCGAAUUAUUGACGCAAACGAGUCCUCCUCCCCAAAACUAGGGGGCGAUAUGAGUCUUUUCAGUUUGUUUUCACUUUGUGCCGCCGCUACUGACCCAAAACGCUCGCUCUUGUUGGACGCGGGUUCGAGGAAUGACUGGUUGGAGGGAAAGCAUAACGGCGCUCUCCUCAUCGUUUUGAAGGUGUACAUUUUUUGUGCUUCAGUCGUGUUGAAGUUACUUCUGAGUCGAAAGUUCUUUAAAUGAUAGCGUCACUUCUUCUCUGGUCUUUGUGCUCUGGGGUUAUAGGGGCGUGGCCUCAUGCAUUGUCCGAUCAUACCGCGACUUCGCUGGUUACAUGAUAGAGAAAAUCGGAUUCCAAUGGCAGAUUUCUCAAACUCCUUUUAUAGUCGGACUAAGGUGUUUACAUGACCUUCAGUCGUCCGGUCUUAAUCGGAAUAAGGCGAUAAUUCGGUUUUCUUGAGUGUGAUGGAAACAGACUGAGUGACUAAGAUUCUACCUGGAGGAGGAGGAGAGAGGAGAGCAGGGAGAGGAGGAGGAGGCAGGAGUGUGUAUCAGUGUGUGUCUGAAGAGCUGAGGGACAGGAUGAGCAGGACAGCAGGGAGGCUGUCGGGAUUAGAGACGUGAUUUUUAGAUUUCUAAUCAAAUACGAGCCAAAGUCUGAAGACUGAGAAGGACGUUACAUAAAAGAUUUAAAUACAGACUGAUUUCUUCGAUUUACAGUCUGUGAUAAAGUGAUGAAAGAUCUCAAAUCCUUCAAUUUUUUAUGACACAAAGUAAAAAUAUUUUACUACAGUGAGUAUAAUCAACCAAAAUGAAGUCUGAGCUCUUAAAAGGAAGUGAAGGAUUGAUGUUUCCUAUAUUUAUGAGAUGAUCGACCAGCCCGAGGUCAGGGAAACAAUAUUUCACCACGUUUUGUUCCACCCCGUCUGUUAACUACUCCUCUGCUGUUGCUGUAAAACACAGACUGUCGCUGCAGGGAGAACCAACAGUCAUGAAAUCAUCCAACGAUGGAUGUUAAUUUGUUUACAUGGGAAAACCAAGAAAAGAGAAAAAACAUGUGGGAGAAAGGAAGGAAAGGUUAAAAGACAAGAGCUGCAGUGUGGGCCACAAAGGACAUAAAGACAAUACACAAUAUAUACACAAAAAAAUACACAACAUACACACAAUGUAUACUCAAAAAAUACAAAGGCCAGGACUGUUCAGUUUGUGUUAAUUUUCCACCCCGUUGAUGUCGGUGGGCGUCGGUUUGGCAUCAGAAACACUUUUUUUUUUUGGUUUUAUAAUGAAAUCCGUUUUAACAGCAGCACAGAAGAGAGAGGUGGCGUUACCCUGACCUGUGAAUAUCUCUGAUUGAGAAAUAAUUUAAUUCAAAGUGCACUUUCUGCUGAACGACAGGAGGAGGAAGCAAAUAAUCAACUAAGAUCUGUCCACACAGUCAGGAAGUUAUUUAUAGUCGCGUCACGAAGCGCACACUGUCAGAUUUCCCUCAGAUUUAACUGACUGAGAUGAGAGUGCUUUUGAUUUUCUGACAAAAACAUGACAAGGCGCCCGAAAUGUUGUUGGAGUUUUUUCUAUUAAUAAACCGACAGUUUUCAGUGUCUUAGAGGAGGGUUUUGUUUUAGCGUUUCAAGAGUAACGGCGUCUGGCAUCAGUGAUUUGUUUGUGGGAACUUGUGGGACUAUCAAAAGAAAACCACCUGGAAGUGUGUGUGUGUGUGUGUGUGUGUGUGUGUGUGCGUGUGUGUGUGUGUGUGUGUCUGAAUAAACAGCUCCAGCUCUGAACCUUUAAACAAGUCUUUUCUGGGCCGCUCUGUAAUCUCAUGCAUGCAGCGUCGUGCUCUCCUAACCUUGUAAUAAGCUGUUGCCUUAUUCUGUGGAGCUUAAAUAAUACAGGUCUGAGAGGCCAAUCCAAUCCUCGCCAAGAUGGAGUCAGGAGGAGAUCUGAAUCUCUGGAGGGUCUCUCCGAUGGUGCCGCUCAGACCUGAAUACGUUUCUGUUUUUAAUAGUUUUGUUGUAAUUCACCGUAUCGCCUGUUUUUGCUGAGUUGUUGUGGGCUGCUCAUUGAGCUUCUCUCCACGUUCGACUGGUUCUUGUAAUCCAUCAUUGUGAAACAGGACGCCUCCUUCCCAAUACUCCCAGCAGCAGCAGCAGCAGCAGCUCUUCGUCCUGACUCCUCGUCCAACAUCGCUCCAUCAGGGCUUCUGAUUUUUUUUUAAUUGGAUCGGAAAGUUAAAAAGAGAGUCGAAGUAAAACGUUCAGAGUUACUUUAGACUAGGGCUGCAUGAUUCAUCGAUUUUAAAUGUUUAUCUGUUUAUUUGAUUAUGUUAAAAAAAUUAAAAUCAUCAAAUCAAUUUUCCUCUCUUUCAUGUCUCGCACCUCCAGGCCACCGUAGGCUCCUCCUCCCACACACACCAGUGUAAACAAACAUGGCGUUUGCAAAAGAAGGCAAUAAUUUCGUGGUUAAAUAGGAAUUGGUACGACUUCACAGUUUCAGAUGAAGAGUAAACCGCUCCCCGCUGCAAAGUCUGUCUGAAGGCGGUAUCAACCCGUCACCAUGGAAACUAAUUCAGGAGGAAACGCUAAAGUUUUUUGUUGUAUCGGCGUUUCAUCCACAUGGAAACGGCGUUUCAGGUGACUGUAAACGGUACUUUUUGAAAACGGGUCAGAGAGUGAAUAAAUCUGUAAACGACGACCAUUUCAUCUCCGUGUGGAUGUCUAUCUGCAUCUCUGGAAACGAUCAUGUGACUCACAGAGUAACUCUUUUAUGGCGCCAAAACAACCUUUAUACACAUGCUCUGUACUCUUCUUCUGGCUUUUGUGCAUUUCCUGUGCAGCGUUACAGCGCCACUUACCCGCUUGGCAUAUGAACUACAUUGUUUUCAGUGGUUUGGUUUUGAGAGAUCAUAGAAAAACUUUUUAAACUGUUAAAAAUUUGUUUUUGACUAAAAUGGUGCAGCCCUCCUUCACACUCGAUCACCACAGAUCCUUUUUUUUCAUCUCUCAUGUAAAAGUCGAUUAAAGUGAUUUCCUCUCCUCUUUAUUAACAGAUCGAGAAGAUCAUGAACCUGAUCGGAGCAGGCAUCGAGACCUCCAAAAAGAAACAGCCCAGGCCGAGCUCAGGUAAGGCUUCCCUAACUCCGGUGUUUCCAUGCUGGGAGGAUAUUUGAUUUAUACUGAGCGUAGAGCGUUUUCAUACAGAGAGGAAACUCUGUGGAGGGUUAUUUGUUGGUUGAGUAAUGUGAAAUGACAGGUGGAUCUGAGGGAUUGAGUCUUCUGCAUUAAGCAUUUAUAAAGCUCUUCUCUGCUCCUGGUGCUGCAUCGAUGAUCGUCCACAGAGUUGGUAGAAAGGUCUUCUCUGAAUCUCUUCUGGGGAAAUAAAUGUUUGCUUCAUAAAUUAAUAUCAGUAUUUUUUAGCAGAGUUUGAUGAGGUAAGGCCUUUCACGAGUGUUGGCGGUAUGAACAAAAUCUUAUAUCACAGUAACGGUUUAUAUCAAAGUAUGUUUUUUCCCUGUAAAUUCAAUUAAUGUCUUAAAAAUAACCAAACUGUCUCAUUUGUUCAUCUUCCUUUUAUUUUUAAACAAGUACAAACUAAAUGUCCGACCAGUCUGUCGAUUUUUGAUCAUUUAUCGAAUCUUUGGUGAAAGACUCUGCCGAGCUCUUUAGUCUGAGAGGAGCUGCUGCAGUUUGAGUUUUUGGUGCAGCAGGUGCGUCACGCAUCUUUUGCAUGGACUGUAUAUAGAACAGAUGCCAUCUGCCUCCUCUCUCUGAGAACAGCGCCCUCUGGUGACGGGCUGCAGUAUAGGUCAUAAACCCCGCCUCCUUAUGGAGCUGUGGACAAACUUUAUAAAUGAAUGACACAGAAUAUAAAUGUUUCUCCCCCCUGGUUGUGAUGUUGACAUGUAGUUACUGUCAGACUGGUUUGUGCUCAAGUCCUCUUUUUUCUGUACAGCUCCAUUUUUAAAAGUUAUUAGGGGGUUCAUGUUUGCUAUGAUUGACACCUGAUACAGCCUAUGGGAGGACAGAGAUUGAGUAGAUCACCGGGGGAUAUGCUGUUUGAGCCGAGCGUCAUCACAGCGACUCUCCCUCCAAAUGUGUACAACACUACUGCGCAAUGUUGGUUUCAGGAAAUGAAGAAAAAUCACAGAAUUACCGAGAACUUUUCAGCUUUAAAUCCGUAAACAGGCAGGAGGCGGAGCCAAGUUGACCAUGGUUUAUACAGUCGAUGAUCUUUAGUCUCUCAUUAUAGAGUUUGGCGUGUUUCAUCUUUAGGUGGUGGAAGAGGUUGUUUCCACGCGACACUUUCUGUUUCGUAUCGUUUUUUGAUCAUCGUCACAUUUUCUCAAUCUGAAGAAUCUCCAAACAAUCGAUGUCGGGACUCGCGCCCUUUUUCGGAACGAGUUCCUCCUCCUCUUCCUCGUGUUGGGUGGGUCGGGCUGCCUCCGUUUGUUUGGUACCACCAUUAAUCUCCGCGUCCGCCAUGACCACCACCAGUGAAGCUGUUUCUUCUUCAUCGUUGAAUCUUUGCCAAGCAGUCUGCUGGACAAGCUGGUGAUUAAAGGGAGCGCACCCAAACCUGACCAAUCAAACGGAGUGAACAAACUCCGCACAACACAGAAACGCACCCAGACGGACGCGCUCUGGCUUUCCUGUUGGCGAGCACAGACAUCUACACACUGACUCAGAGAGACGUAACAGACAUCUGCUCUCUCUCUCCGGUAUAAACGGUAACAUUUCUACACUUUUAUACGUCACACGGUUUUUACCGUCAAACCGCCGCACACUAACUGUCAUGAUGUCAGAGUUUCACCAGCGAAUUCUCGACAGUCUGUCUGGAAAACUGAAAUAAUCGAAGUGAGACUGACAGACAAACGACUCCAUAAACUUCACUCUUAGAUCUAACUGGCUGACAUGUUACUGCGGUAAAGCGCGCAGGUUUGGGUCAAUUCUUGGUCCCAUUAAAAGCAUCAGUCUCCCCCCAUAAGUCCUGACCUGUCCUGACCUGUCUGACCUUUGUGUUGUGAAACCAUCAGAGGAAGUCGUGAGCGUGUGUCCUGCUCAUGGUCGGUUAUGAAAUCCCAGUGCAGCUCAGAGUCUCCUCUGUCAGGCUGUCUGUCAGCCGAAGACUCAAUCACAGGGACCGACCGCUGCUACAGGAAGCCUCACCAGCAUCCAGGUCAAAAGUGGAAAACAGUCUCGGACGUCAGCGCUGAAGCAGAACGUGUCACAUCGCCGCUCUGCCCCCCAGCGUCACACGGACUGCAGUCAUCGUCCUCCUGUUGGUUUUGUGAUUAAUGAUCAUUCUCAGUUUGUGAAGUUCACUACCUCUCCUACUGCAGUGCUGAAAAACUACGGUGGUGAUACAAUGACUAAUAUAAUAAAUCCACUGACAAAUCCUUCAAUAUCGACGUGUAGAUUGGAGCUGUGGAGGUCAGCCUCAUUUUCAUGUUUAUAUAACCGCAGCAGCAGAAACCAAACUUGGUGCACCCUCUCACUGAUUGCUUUUGUGGGCCGCUCUUCCAAAAGCUGCUGUUUAGUAUUCAAAUAAAUCCUCAGAAAGACUGAGAGCAGUUUUGUUAUAAAUCACAGAGAUUCAAGCCGACGUUUGUUUGGCACAUUACUCUUGUUAUUUUCACUCUCAAUGUUUCCGCUUUAUGGAGAAUCUAAUUUUAAAUGCGACUCACUGACUGUCAUAUUUUUUUCUCCUGGAGUAAGUAUGUAUAUGUCUCUCAAUAGGGUUUGAAUUGAUAGUACGCUUCAUCAGGUGUCCUUCAGGCGCUGCAGAGGGAGAAGCCAGCUGGCAGCAGCUCCGUUUGUUUAGAUAACGCCGCCGAGCUGCUACAGUCAGAGUAAACCUACCUCCAUUAGAUCCUCCGCCAUAAGGUGGUUUCAUCAUACUCGAUUGUGUAACAGCUUGUCCGUGACUACCUUCUCAAAGUCCCAUCAGAUUUGUCGAGAUAAUAUUUUAAUUAGAAACGUGCGGUAUCUACGUGGAUUAAAAAUCUGCUGACCACGGCGAGGCGUCAAAGCACACGAGAUUUAGACAGAACAAAGACGAUCCAAAUGUGGCCGUGGUGUCAGGAUAUUUAAGAAGGGCUAAUAAAAAUUUAAAAAAGACUUCAGGAUUAGAAGAGUUAAAAAACUUAAACUGCUGCACCAGCGUUUUAAUCGUCAUCGUCACCGAGACGAAGGUUGACGCCGUUAAAAUGAAAAUGGACAUGAUCUGUUGUUGUCGUAUAAAUACAACUGACUAAAAUAAUCCAGUUCUUAAUGAUCUUUAAUUGUCUCAUCAUUUGGGGAAUAAAGACAUUAGGAGUUUGUAAUGAACGACCAACAGCCUGAUCUAAUUAUUGUAACAUUAAGGAUCUCAAGAGAGAGAGAGAGAGAGAGAGAGAGAGAGAGAGGAUCUUUCUUUUUUACUCCAUUUAAGAAAUAAUGAUUACCUCAUAAAGUCGUGAUAACGAGAAAAAAAUACAAACAAAAUCAGUUAAAGUCAAUAAAAAAAACUUUGAUCAUAAUGAUUUGGUAUCAUUAGCACUGGUGUCUGAGCUUAACUCGGUUUUAGACUAGAGUACGAUAACAGGUAGGGCUGCACGAUUUUAGCCGAAAUAAAAUCCUGAUUAUUUUCUUUGAAAACUCGAUUUUUCAUCUUUUAUUCUUCACCAAACUUCACUUUAAUAAAAAGUUUUUCUAUCAUCUCUCAAAACCAAACCACUGAAAACGAUGUAGUUCAUAUGCCAAGCAGGUAAGUGGCGCUGUAACGCUGCACAGGAAAUGCACAAAAGACAGAAGAAGAGUACAGAGCAUGUGUAUAAAGGUUGUUUCGGCGCCAUAAAAGAGUUACGCUGUGUGUCACAUGAUCGUUUCCAGAGAUGCAGAUAGACAUCCACACGGAGAUGAAAUGGUCGUCGUUUACAGAUUUAUUCACUCUCUGACCCGUUUUCAAAAAGUACCGUUUACAGUCACCUGAAACGCCGUUUCCAUGUGGAUGAAACGCCGAUACGAGAAGAAACUUUAGCAUUCGUUUCUGUGUGGGCGGGUUGAUACCGCCUUCAGACAGACUUUGUGGCGGGGAGCGGUUUACUCUUCAUCUGAAACUGUGAACUCAUACUAGUUCCACAGGGAGGCCUACGGUGGCCUGGAGGUGUGAGACGUGAUAGAGAGGAAAAUUAAUUUGAGGAUUUUAAUUUUUUUAACAUCGUCAGAAUCAAAUAAUCCGAUUAUGAUUUAACAUUGAUGAAUCGUGCAGCCCUAUUAAGAUGUUUCUACAGUCACUAUUGAUAUCUGCUCAUUGAUUACAGAUCAGUCCCUCUCAGUAUUUAUUUUCACGUCAUAAAUAAAUCGUCCUGGACGUGUUCCUGACAUGCAGAAGUUAAAUUCGUCUCUGUCAGUGAAGCUGUGUCUAACUUUUGUCCCCUCGCCGCCCCUCUGACCCUGUUCUCUCAACUUUGUUGGUGAACUGUGUCACUGAUUAUACAAUCUUAGAAAAGCAGGUCCCAGCAGAUGAAGCCAAAACCAAUGUGACAUCCAAGUCUCUAACUCAGGUUUAGUCCUCAAAGAUUUAUGUUACUGUCAGGAACCGGAAAGCAAAAUCAAAAUUCAACAAAAUGUGGGACGGUUCAUUCUUAGACCGUGUUUGUCCUCUCCUCAUGUUCGCUGCAUCUGUUCGCUAAAAUGUUCCUCCAUGUUGGACAGUUGGAGUGUCACAGUUUACUCAGUGUGUUUCAAUAACUUUGCGUGUUAUUACACAGCGCUGUAAAUAUGUCGAGUUUUAGUCCCUCUGAUUCUGAAGCAGAGCUGUAUGUCUGAUGGAUGAUGACGGUGUGACCUGCUCAGCUCUCCUGCUCUGGUGGCGCUUCCUCCUGUUGCUGCCUACAUACUCAAACAGAGCCCAACCAAAGACAAGAAUAACACACGGAUUUACCAAAUUACCUAAAUUUACCAAAAUAUAUCAUGUAAGAGGAGCUGAUUUCUCUGAGCCUAAACGUCUGAACUACAAAAAAGGGUUAGGGCCACAUGAAGAGAAAAAAACUCAUUACAAGAAGGAGAUUAAAGUGGAAAUUUUGAGUUAAAAAAAAUCUAAAUUUCAAGAUUAAAGUCGGAAUUUUGAGAUUACGAAUGUCAAAAAUGUUGCGAAUUAUGUCAAGUUAAAAAAACAGAAAUUUUGAGAUUAAAGUUGAAAUUUCAAGAUUGAAAAAAAAAUAAAUUUCUAGAUUAUAAAAUAUUGAAAAUGUCGCGAAUCAUGUUGAAAUGUUGAGAUAAAAAAAAUCAAAAUUUUGUGAUGAAAGUCAAAAUUUCAAGAUUAGAAAAAAAAAUAAAUUUGGAGAUUAAAGAUGAAAUUUCUAGAUUGUAAAAUGUUGAAAAUGUCGCGAAUCUUGUUGAAAUGUUGAGAUUAAAAAAAAUUAAAAUUUUGAGAUUAAAUUUUGAUUUUAACCUCAAAAUUGAAAUAAAAAAAAUCUUCCUCCUGUAAUUCUUUUUUUCUCCUCUCGUGGCCCUGAUCCUCGCUCUUAGUUAACACAUAAAUACAGUUUAAUGUAUUUAUGUGUUUCUCACAGGAUGAAGGAUUUUGUUCAUAUUUCAAAAACUAAGUGGCGCCUAAAGCUUGUUGUUUGAUUAAAAAAAGAGUUAACGGAUUAAAAAAUGAAAAUACAUUUAAAUGGAGAGCAGAGUUUGUAGAGUUUGACAUUAUCGGUGUGUUUUAUUGGAUAAAGAGAAAGAAAUGUGCAGAUUAGUCCUGAAGCGAGCGAAGCUGUUAAUUUAUGGUUUUAAUUGUAACUUCACCCCUGCACACCCGGCUCCUCCACAUUAAUUGCUGUCCUAACAGUGAAGACCUGAGGUUGUUCUGUGUUACAUAAGUGAAAAUAUGUUCUGUGUUUGUGUUUUUUCCCUCCUCUCCACACAUACAUGUAUAGGUGUGAGCUAUUUAUAGACACCCAAAGUGUCCCAGAUUCAGCUGAGUCAUAGAGUCGCUGCUCCGAUCUCAAUCUCAGAUUGUGCACAGGAAGAUCCUGAGGUUGUAAGGGCGGUUUUUGUCGCUGUUUUUUGUACGUGCCGUUUGGUAAAGAGGUCACAUUUUCGUAAAUCACAGUCUAUUAUGAAAGGGAACAAACAGGUACCCUUCAGAGAGAGAGAGAGAGAGAGAGAGGGAGAGAGAGAGAGAGAGAGAGAGAGAAUAGAGGGCGAUUGCAUAAAGAUGAAACCUAAACUGUCUCUUCUUUCCGUUUUUAUCUGUUUGUUGUGACAGACCUGGGAAAACCUUAUCCUUUUGUGUUUGUUUUUGUGUAUUUCUGUGCCACACACCUCUUCCUUGUUUAUUGCCGCUCUCAUAUCAGGAGCCAAGGACAGCUAUUCAUCUCCACACAUCAGAGCACCUGAUUUUUGUCGCUACAAAAAAAAAAAAAAACAGCCCUGCGAUUCAUUGCCACCUCGUUCGCUCAAGGAUGAGGUUGCUUGUGUAUUGUGCCCGUCACCAGAGCCUCGAUUGUGUGCUAAGAGAGCACAGAGUAAAUGAGCUUAAACAGACAGAGAGAGAGAGAGGGAGAGAGAGAGAGAGAGAGAGAGAGAGAGAGAGAGAGAGAGAGAGAGAGAGAGAGAGAGAGCACAGGAGGCAUCAGCUCGGUUUGUAUACAGGAACACUCUGACGUUCAAAGGAGAAGAGUCCGCCCUCACUUUCCCUGAAUUAAUUCAGCUUUGCGGCUCAUUUUCCUCCGAGCUCGGGUGUGUUGACAAGGAGCUCGUGCUUUUUUCCCCCCUCGCUCUGAUAAAGAAGCGUGGCUUUAUCUGGGCACAACCUCUCCCUCCUCUGCUGUGCUAAAGGUCUCUCCAGGCGCUCCUCUGAGCCCAGUCUAGACCGAGCAGUCCUCAAACGGCACACAAGCCCACUCGGAUGGAUUUGACUGCUUGGUCUGUUUAAGAGGGGAUAAGACAGUGACCCAGUUCCCCCCCAAGGAGAAGCAUGGGAUACUCCGUCAGUCAGUAAUUAGGUCCUCCUACAGUGGGAGGUGUUGCUCUCCCAAAUGAAUGUCAGUGAUUGGAUGGGGUGGCUGGUAUUUUUAACUCUGUUUGUAGGAGCUUACUUUUGUAUGAGGGAUCAGGUGGUGAAUCAUAAUUAGUCCACUUCAAUCCUUCUUACGUCCUCUUCCUAUCUUAUCUGGCCCGUGUGUUUCCUCACCUCCUCCUUAUCUGCUCCUUCUCUCCCUCUCCCAUCAUUUCUCUCCAAACCUGACAGCUCCUCUCCUCGAUAACAAGUGAUGAGCGCGGCUCCUCGCGGACAGGUCAGAGAGACCAGACUUGGCCUUUUACCUGCUCGUUAACGCCGGAGCAACAGAGGUACGGGCGGCCAAUUACGGAGGAGGUUCAAUCAAUAGUCCUUCACUUCGCCUCCCUCUGUUGGCGUCCCGUCUCCUUCGCCCUGACGGCGUUACUGACCGCCCAUCUGGGAAUGUGUGAGGUUAUUACAAGCAGCCUGAAAGCCUACAUAAUUACACUCUGCUUGCAGCUGUACCCAGAUAACACGGCUGAUGGAUGCGGAGAGCAGACCUGCACAGGUGGGCGGUCGCUCAGCUCCAACACUUUUACUCUAAAGUGUUUAUUUUGACACGAACCUGAAUUCAGUCAUUUUCAGAAGAAACCGUUGUGGGUUUUCGUCACAGUUACCGGCUGCCGUGUUUUUCUUUGGUAAAGAUUAAUUCAGUGGAACGUUUUAAUCUCAUUUUUCAUUUCACUCUGAUCUUUGUCAGUUUUUCACUCAUGAUAGUUUUUUAGAGAAAGAUAUCUCUCCUGCUUGUAAAAGAAUUCAGUGGGUGGAACGAACCUUUCUAUGUUUAGUCAUCUUGGCUGAAAAUUUGUUUCUAACUUACUUCUCUGUUAUGUAAAAAAUAAACGCCUCAAAGUUGUUGUGAAAAGAGCAAAAAGUCACAUUCAACAACAGAAAGUCCUCCUUCACUACGUGGAGUUUUGUUUAACUGUAUUAUAUGUGAGUUUCCUGAAUGAUCCGGGUCUGAAUAUGAGACCCAGGAACUCAUAAAUCAUGUUUUAAAAUGUGGAGGCGGUUGUUCUCUGGAGUUCGCUCGACCACGUUAACUUCAGUGGUCAGUGAAUGGAGCCCGCUAUGCUAAUGUCGAAGAGUCCUCUAGUCUUGUAGAGCAGAUGGACGGACAGAUUCCAUUUCUGUCUUCAGGUGAAUUUGUCUUCCACAACUUCAGAGAAUGAGUCGACCAAACAGCUUCAUUUGAGGAGAAAGAGGUGGUAACUAUAGCUAUGGUUUGGUUCGGUCCCGUUAGGGUUAGGGUUAGAGGGGUUAGGGUUAGAGGGGUUAGGGUUCACAGUUUCUCUUUCCUGAACGUUGUCACUUACUCCUAUAAGUAAACAAAAAAGCACGACUUCUACCUUUUUUUGAAGGUUCUUCCUUCUCAAACACCGUCAGCAGGUUUGCUGCCAAAAUGGAUGUGAAAUGAACGGUCUAUUGGGUAGGGGUGGGAAUCACCUGUGGUACAAUACGCAAAACUUGGGCCACGAUACGAUAUUAUCACGACACUUAGGGCCAAAUUACCAUAUGAUCAUGAUACGAUAUUGUCAGGAUACAAUAUUAUCAUGAAAGUUGGGCCGCAAUACAAUAAUACUGCAACACUUGGGCUGCAAUAUGAUAUUAUUGUAAUACUUUGGCCAUGAUACAAUAUUAUCACGAUACUUGGGCCACAAUACAAUAUUAUCGUGAUAUAUGGGCCACAUUACGAUAUUAUUAUGAUAUGAUAUUAUCAUGAUAUGAUAUUAUCACAGUACUUGGGCCAUGAUACAAUAUUAUCACGAUACAAUAUUAUGAAGAUACUUGGGCCGUAUUACAAUAUUAUCUCAUUCAAUAUUGUCACGAUAAAAUAUUAUCAUGAUACUUGGGCCGCAAUACGAUAUUAACACGAUACAAUAUUAUUACGAUACCUGGGCCAUGAUACGAUGUUUUCACGAUACUUGGGCUACGAUACGAUUAUAUAGAGAUUUCUAACAUUUUCCAACACAGUGAGUAUUGUGAUACCAUUUACCUCACUGGACAAACAGUUGAUUCUAUAUUAUCAUAGAUUUGUCUUCAUAUUAACAAUUGAAAAAAUCGAUACUUGGUCAAUGAGACGAUACGAUGUAUCACCAAACAAAUAUCACGAUACUAUGUUGUAUCGUUUUUUUCUCCCACCCCUACUAUCUGGUUACUAAGAACAGGAAGUUUAGUGAGGUGUCGUCAUAUAUCACCAUUGAUGAUGUUGAAGGGUGGGCGGAGCUGAGUAUUUACAGCGUUUUUCCGCCUCACAUAUCUCCAUCCUCACCGAGAACAGAACCCUCAGUCUUGUGUUUGACACCAACCUAUCGAUAAGACGAUGUGUCCACAGGUCGUCUCUUCUCUUCCCUCCAUCAUACAGAACGAUGAUGGCUGUAAUGAGGCUCUCAUUUUUUAACAUGCCAGCUGCCCGAUGGGGAUUUAUUGAGUUUCUGAUAAGAUAGCUAGCUACUUUGGCUUCCUGAUAAAACAUUCCUCUUUCUAACACGGACGGGGCAAAAAUAAUCUCGCACUUGUUGCAGAUAAAUGAUUGGCUAAAAAAAGAGAACAGUGAUGAAACGGUUCGUCUGCACGAACAGAGCAGACUGGGUCAUUAUGAAGACAGCUUCUGUUGUCAGUUUAUGUUAUUGUCUUGAUUUAGCCACAAAAAGUCAGAACGCCAACAAACACUCACAGUCGGCGUAUUGUUGGACAAAAUUAACCCCGUGUGGAAACUCUCUCAGAGUCCAAUGGAGCCGUUUUUGUGAGUCUUUUCUCCCUGAAAACAUCUAAAUUUUGUAUCAUCUCACUUGUUUAUCCGGUAAGUAGCCUCUGUUGUGCUCUAAAAUUGGUUGAUUUGACAUGAGCAUCUGGAAGAAGAAGAAGAAGGUAAUGGAGUUUCCUCUUUUCUUCUGUCAUGUUUUCUGAGUCGGUAAUAAAGAAAAGAGACAAGACCUGAAGUCUGUGAGUGUCUCCUGUUCUCCAGCCUCCUGGACCAGUGAAUCAGGGACCUGUGCUGAUCCUGCCCCCCUCAUCAGAGGAGGAUGUAAAUGAAUUAAAGCCAUCUACUAAUAAGAAGGAGCUUCUUUGUGAGCUUCACUAACGGGCUUUUGCUCCUGCAGAAGAGCCAUCCCUUCACAUUCGAGUCAACCUUUCCAUCCGAGGAGGACUGUGGUUUGAGCCUCUCAGUGCCUGUUCCUCGCCUCUGAUGGUGGUGUGUCCUUUCUGCACUGGCAAGAUCAGAGCGCCUCUGUGCAAUUCUAAUCAGUGCAGUGGAGGGAGAGACGGGGUGAGGUGGGGUAAGGUUAGAGAGAGAGAGAGAGAGAGAGAGAGAGAGAGAGACAAAGAGGGAGAGGAGCGAAUGUGUGCGCCUUUGGAUGAGAAAAGACAAGGGGGAUGAGAGAGGGAGAGGGAGAAAGAGUGUGUGCAUCUGUCUGUGUGUGUGUUUGAGAACCAGAGGCAAGGAGCGAGACAGUGAGGGAGAGACAGAGAGAGAGAGAGGGGAGAGAGGGAGGGGAAUUGAUAUAGUGGGAGAGUGAGGGGAGAGAGAGAGAGAGAGAGAGAGAAAGUGGUUACGUGGAGCAGCACCCCACUUCAUCAGGCAGCAUACGGCAGCCCUGCAGUGCGAUCACACACUAUGGGAAUGAGGUUAUGAGAUCGAGAGCGAGAGAAAGAAAGCAGAGAGAGACGAGUGCGAGGAGGGGGGGGGGAGUCAAAAAGAAGAGCUUGAAGGAUUUGCUCGGAUGAGAGGGGGGGGGAUGAUCACUGAGUCCGUAGCCUGCCGUGGUUGUGGGAAGGACGCGGCAGCAGCAGCAGCAGCAGCGGCGGCGGCGGCUGAGGCAGAUCUGUGGUCUCCUGUGUAGAAGUCGCCGGCGUCAGGACGUUAUGCCCUGCGAGCAGUGAGGGGUAGCGUGUGAGAGCCAGGAGCAGCUGCUGUGACUGCAUCUGCGCUGCCUGCAUGUCUCAGACAAGCAGGGGAUGCAGCAAACCUCUGCCCUGAGCACACAGGCUGCUAGCUGUUCCCAGCGAGGAGAAGAACCAGGUGGGCUGGGGUUGGAUUUUUGGGGGGGCGUCCGCCUGCCUGCCUGCCUCAGGAAGGAGCCGGCUUCACCUGCAUUCUGGUCCUGCAGUGAUCUUUGCUGUCAGAGUCAAGAGGCUCACCUGUCGUCGGUUGGAUCUGAACCUGGAUUUACUGCUUUGAGAGGAGUGUGAAUGCUGGGCAGCACUGGGAGCACUGGGAGCACUGGUACCACCAAGGACAAGCAGCUUUUUUUCCUCACAGGCAGACAGCUGACCUGGAGCUUUCCCACCGAGGAACCUAAUCCUGGGAUUUAUCAUGAAUUGAGGAGUUUGGAAUCACUGUGGAAAUCCUAAACCUCCUGUUUUCUCUUAGGAUUUUACAAAUACGUCUACCUGAGCGUACUCCUGGAGAGAGAAGGAGAAAUUAUUGAUUAUCAAAUGUGUAAUCCCUGAUCAGAAAUAACACGAGUACCUCAACAGUACUUUAGAAAUGCUGCUACCUUCAUUGUAUGAGCCGUGUCCUAGCUCUCAAAGAGGUUGACCAAUGAAGCCAUGGGACUCAGCCAGAGCUUUACAAGUAUGUGGUGAAAAAAAAAUCCUGAGCGCUUAUUUUGGGGGAACUGAAUAUUUCUGUGUGACACCCUGAUGGUGUUCUUCUCCUCCUCCUUCUUCUUCUUCUUCUUCUUCUUCUUCUUCUUCUUCUUUCUAAUUUUAGAAAAAAUGGCGGGGAUGAUUUUAGCCGAGUAAAUGGUGUGAUGUGUGGAAAUGUCUGUUGUAGUCAUAGUUAUCUCAGACACAUAUUUACUCUCUUGACUUGCAGUGUUCGCUCUUGUUAUGUUCUGGGACUAGCUUGUUGUUUUUAACUCUGGCUCAUCUGCUCACUGAAGGAAUGUUUAGUGAACCCUGUUUGUUGGAAGAUGCCGUAGUGGCGAGAUCCAACAUAACUAACGUUCCCGAGCUUCAGAUGGGCUUCCUUCCCUGCACUACCUCCACCCUCGCCUGACAUUUCCACUCAGUCACACUAACACCAGUGGGUGUAGAUAUUAGCCUAGUCAGUCCCCUGCAGGGCUUGAGCUGGGCCUGCAGCACUUCCUACCCUCCUCCUGUGUUUGAGUUAGCCGGGCCCCCGCCUUUACCUUGGGAGCCCCUCACCCCCGGCCUGGACCCUGUCUCCCCCCCACCCCGCCUGGUGCUGCUGCACUCGGCUCUGCCUCUGCUGGCCGAGGAUGAUGUGGCAAUGCCAUGUGUCGUCCUCUGAGUGCCGCUGCUACCGGCUGAACGGCUUCUCCCUGCUGAAGCGCUUCCCUCUCUCGGCAGAUGGGGCCUGUGGUAAAGCCCUGGACCAGUCGGUGGGAGAAUGGCUGGAGCACGUGGGGCUGCCGCAGUACGAGAGCAAGUUCCUGCUCAAUGGCUUCGACGACCUACGAUUCAUGGUGAGUCACCUGCAGCACGUCAGCUCAGGGGUCGCUUCCACUUCACAUCACCCUGUCUCUGCCUGUGUCAACCUCGCUGCAUUUGUCUUUUUCUGUCACCGCUCUCCUCACUCACCCUUCGCUCGCUCCCCUCCGCUCGCUCCCCUCCCUCCCUCCCUCUCUCCCCUGCACUCUCUCCCUCUCUCCUCUUCAUAACUCCUCUUCACCUCUGCGCCGUGCACGACCCUGUUGAAAAUUUACGGCCCCCACGCUGAAUCCCUCUAAAAAACACGGCAAGACAAAUGACGACCGAAGCCUAUUAACUUUUUCCCAGCAUUCCCAAUCACGCCAUCCCCGUCUGAUUGAAAAGUCACUCCUCUAAUUUACUGUCGCUCGACUUGACCUUUCCUGACCCGGUCCAACCCAAACCCACAGUCCUAAAUCCGAGCACGCCGUUGUUUGUUUCUGACACGCUCUGCAUGGUGGCUCACUAAACCCCGGUUCAGAUUGUGAUGUCUGCUGAAAACUGCACAGUGUCUGAUAAUUACACUGCAGCAUGCUGGGAUGUUUGUCUCGUGUUUUAUUUUAGGAUUUGGAUCUAACAUGAAUUUUCAGAGAGUGUCAUCGCUGUAGUAAGUAAAUUAUGAAAAGCCGUCCGCUGUGGUGGAUUAAAAGACGUGAUCACACAGAUUAGUGUUUCUCCAAACCAUCGACACAUUCGGCCUGACGCUCUGCAUUUUUAAUCGCCUCCCUCCGUCAGAUUAUUACAUAUUGAUAAAUUCAUUUAACUGCAGCUCAGAGGACGUCCACAAUCGGACUAAAAGCCUUAUCGUGUUUCCUGUAAAACCGCACGUGUAAGGGAGCUUGAUGUUGCGUUUGGCGACGAUUGCAGAAAACACUAUUACGAUUUCAAACCUCGGGUCGUGUUACUGUGAAAAAACAAGGCAGUACAGCGUAAAUAACCGGGCCCCAGAGGGCAAACGCGGACACUCCUCAGACCACAGCGCUGCAGUCACACUAUAGGAUAUAUGUUACAUCAGUUUUCACAGUUGAGCUCCGAUCAGAGAGACCAGGACGCUCAGAGGGAGAGCGGCUGGAUUCAUAAAGUGUCUCUGAGGUGUUUUUCUUUCUAGUGAAGCAGAAGAAGUUUAAACAUCAGAGUCGAGUUAUAAAACAAGCUUCGGGUCAGAACUCAAUAAUAUACGUUUAUAGGACAACAACGAGCUGGAAUAGGAGUAUCAAACCUCCUGAUGAGGAGUCCAGGGCUGUAAUCAACCAAAGAAAUUCUUGGUCGACUAAAACACAGAAAUUUACGACCAAAAAUCGACUAACCGGCGGAGGACAGCGUGGCUUGGUGGAGAGCGGCGAGACGGGGUGAAAAUUUACUGAUGUCAGCACAAAAAGGCAAUUAAACACGAUGAAAGUCAAAACGCUCAAAAUCAAGAUAAAUAUUGAUCAACGUGGACGCUCUUCGAUCUUCCUGUCUUCAGCUGGUCUCCAGUGGGUUUUGGGCGAAUCCAAAAUGGUGAAAAUAAGGGGGGGGUUCUGAGACAGGCUAGUUAUCUGUGAAACGGGGGUGCUCUGAAAACACCCCCGUUAGUACUUGGUACGUUCCUCCUGUUGAAUCUAACCGUAGACUGUAAACUAUCGACCAAUAAAUCGACUUUGACUUUACAGCUCUAGUGUGACCACGUUAAAAUGAAAACAGGACGUGUGAUAUAAUCCGGAUCACAGCUGAUUAAUCUGUCAUGAGAUAUUAGUUUACUCUGUGGAUCUAAAACUAAAAAUCAGGAGAUUAAAGUCCAGGAAAGUCAAAAAUCUAAUUCAGUGUUGGUCGAUUCGAUCGUGUCUGAGGGUAACGGGAGGAAAUGAGGUCGCCAACAUCCCAACAGAGACCACAUCAGGCUUUUCAAUCCCAGACUGGGUCAUUUUUCAGACAAGCAACGAUUUGUUAUCCACUCUAGACCACCUAAAACCACUUGGCCUUCAAACGGGGUCUUUUGAAAUCCUCCCUCCCCUCUCCUCGCCAUGACCGCCACUUCACCAACACGAGCGUCUCUGAUUGAUCUGGAUUCAGUAUUCCGCUCUUUUUUCCCAUGACCACACAGCGGCCGCUCGUUCUCAGAGUUAACCAAUCGUUGAGCCUCGUACAAAAACACAUCAGGCGACUUUUCUUUGUUUGUUUGUUUGUUUUUUUUUACCACAGCUCAGCGUUAAGGUUUCAAAAUGAUCAAAUCUAAAACUGGCCAAAAUAACUGCGUCUCAUUUAAUGAUUCAUUAUUAUAUAUGCACAGAUUAGGAUGAUGAGGCGUGUGACAGAGGAUGUCAGGAUUAUACCGAAUCAAUGAUCAAAUACAAAGAACCUUUAAAGCUCCUGGACCCCCAAAGACCCUCAGUAACUGCGCACUGAUGACAGACUUCAGGGUAACAGUCGAAUAUUCACCCGGAGAUCCAGGAUACGAGUUUCAGCGCGAUAAAAAAGACACUUUCAGCAGUGUGCAGUUUCUGUGCAGCCGUGGAGCUCUUUCUAGAAACAUCUGCGCUUGUCAGCUCGACAGAUGUCCGUACGCCAACCGAGCACAUCCCUGAUAGUUGUGACGUCGGGAUUAAACCACCGCCAGCGCCCAGUUCCUGCGUUUUCUUGCCAACCUUUUCUGCCGGUCGCUUUUUAAUCAAACCAGAACUCUGUACGGUUUAUUCACUGAAUAUCAAAGUUACAGUUUUCUGAAAAUACAGAAUUAAAACCCAGUGAGGAAGAAGAGACCAGUCCGCCUUCUUUUAGCACUAAUUUCUGGAUUAUUAAAGUACUAUAAAAAAAAACAGAAACUAAUUUUUGUCGUCAUUUUAUGGUACUUAUCUUCCUUUAAAAUCUAUGAAAGAGGAUUAGGGCCACAUGAAGAGAAAAUUAAUCAUCACAGGAAGGAGAUUAAAGUCGAAAUUUCGAGGUUGAAGACGGAAUUUCAAGAUAAAAAAAAAAAUCCAAAUUAUGUCAAUCAAUUAAAAAUUUCAAGAGUAAAGUCAACAUGAAUAAAGUCAAAAUUCGGUGAAUUAUAUCAACAUUUCGAGAUUAAAGUUUAAAUUAUGACUUAAGAUUCAACAUGAAUAAAGACGAAUUUUCAUGAAUAAAGUCGUAAUGUUGAGAUUAACGAUAACAAAACAAGAGCAUAUUCGCUCGUCACCCGACAACACGUCCUCUGUAGAAGAGUUCAUAAAGCUUUACUUUAGAAUUGGAUUCAGUAACGAGGAAAUCUUUGCUUUUCUAGCGCAAACAAAAACUGCGUGGUCAUAAAUCUUCAGACUCUGAAAGACUGUGCCGAAGACUACGACUCUACAGAAGAAAAAAAAAGACAAACUUGAAGGAAUUUAAUCUUGAAAAUUCGAUUUUAAUCUUGAAAUUUCGACUUUAAUCUCAAAAUGGAAAUUAAAAAAAUCUCCCUCCUGUAAUUAUUUUUUCUCCCUCUUUUGUGAAACUCAGUCGGAUCUUUAUGAAGCUCAAAUGAAUAUUCAGUGUGUUUAUAUUAAUGGUGAUAACAUAAACCUUCGUUGAUGAAUCUGUACCCGAGUUUGAGUCCCCCAAUAAAAAAGGUAAUUUAACGUCAUUAAUGAGUGACUCUCUAAACUCCUGUCACAUCAAUCAUUUCUGCGUAAUGACAUGCAACAUUUGUCUUCUUAAUCGCCACAAUCAACCAGCAGGGAUGUUAAAGAAUUAGCCCGCUAACUUUGAAACCUGAGAGUAUUUAUCAUAUUUAUCAUGAUAUUUCCUGCUGCAGCAGGUUAAGACGACGUUUAAAUAAAAAACAAAGAAAAACCUUUUUGUCCGAGACGUGUGGACCUGUGGUGACGGAGAUGAUUGAUCCUUCGUCACCCUGAUGUUCGCUUUCAUAAGUAACGAGUUUCGUCUCGGAUUGAUGCAUCAGGGGAAUAAAUCGUUAGCUUCAGGAGGCGGAUUACCCGCAGAUAUUUACCAGGACGUGGACGCUCCGAACAAAGGAAAGGUCAGAGUCGUCAGGCCCGGGUUCUGAAUGUUUGAUACUCUGCCCUUUUAGACGUGUUCAGACCUGAUCAAUCAAACUGGACCUGAACCUCAGAUUGCUCUGAUGUCUGGAUCUCUUAUGUUACAGGUCACCUGCAUUAAAAUAACAUCCUGCAGCUCCUCCUUCCUAAAAUAGUCAAAUGUAGUCGUGAACGUACACACUGUCACAGAUUAACCGUGUCUUCUGUCUUUGCCAGAUUAUUUUCACGCCUGCCAGCUCCUUAAAGACAAACUAAAUUUAAUUUUUCUUCUAUUUCUGAACGUUUCGUCUUCGGUGCAGAGCAGCAGAGCAGCUCUAAAUCAUUGUUGCAUUAACCGAGUGCGUUUAGAGCGAUGAAGGACUCGUACCACGGCUGCAUCUGGACGUCGUAUCACGUUAAAUCAAACCAGCAGAGCUCAUAAGCGAUGUAAGAAGAACUCAACCAUACAUUCCUGUCACAUGGUUCAAACGCAGCAUGAAAUAAUAAGUUUGCCGAGUCUCCUGAGGCGUCAUCAAACUUCAAACUGUGUUAAUAAAAGUGGAGGGUCUAUUUCCGUCCUCCCUUACAUCAGACCCUGCCUCAUUUUGACCUUUAUUCUCGCCAUCAGUGAGUAAUCUCCAGACUGCAGCCUGAUACAGGCCCACUGCGAGCGAACGCUGCUGCAUUGUGCUCUGAAACCAAUCCAGUAAGAGCAGAUUGAGUAAAGACUACAGAACAUUUUAACAUUCUUGGCCGGGAAGAAUCAAUCUGCAGCAGCCCGCUGGGAAAAACGCUUAGCUCCACAUUUCUCCUCGUAUCUUUAUUCCUGCUUACAAACCGGAAGGAGAUGACAAAGCACCUGGAGCUGCGUUUAUACGAAACAGACAAGAGUCUUCCUGUCAGUGUACAGAGGUUGUUGUUCAUUGGACUGAAAAUGAAGAAAUGGUUUCAGAGUUCUGGUUUCUUGAGUUCGCCUCAGUCAGACGCAGCAGCAGCAGCAGCAGCAGCAGGGAUGGCGGUGGCGGCGGCGGCGGCGGCGCAGAGACCCUGUCGAUGCUGCCGCUGCUGCUGCUCUCAUGAAGGCUUUGUUCCCUCGGAGUCGCUCCAGAUCAGAUUGAUUACUCUUGGCAUGAACAAUUCAUUUGACUUCAUCGUCCUCCCACUCUGCUUGUGUGCAUAUUCUGAGCGUGCUCAUGGGUGUGAGUUGUAAGAGCGAGUGUGUUGGCACUUGUUCCUGCGUAGUACAUGCCAUGAUACUUUUAUUGACCCGUGUCCUUAUUAACCUGUUGUGUGUCGGCGCUGUUUCUCAUGUGUGUAACUCUGUAGGCCUGGAUUAACACACAGUGAUACUGAAGUAUUUCCUGUUUACUAUUGUGUGUCCAUACUGUGUCGUCUCCGUGCUUGGUUACUUGUUUGCCUGCGUGUGUGUUUGUUUGUUUGAGUACGGCUGUGUGUCUGUUUGUGUCUGUGUGUGUGUGUCUGUGUGUGUGUGUGAAUGUGUUUACUUGUGUGUUCCUCUCGCGUUUGUGCUCAUGCAGGGAAGUAACGUGAUGGAGGACCAGGAUCUCAGAGACAUGGGGAUCACUGACCCGGGACACAGGAAGAAAAUCCUUCAUGCGGCACGCAGCUUGCCCAAGGUACUUAACAUCAUAACUUAACCUCAGCACGGCGGUGAGGCGGUGACUGACGGCGUCUCAGGAGGAGGAGGUCAAAAUACCAGGAUGUUUAUCAAAAUAAUGACAAGGGAGAUAAACGGCUGAGGAAGACAGACUUUUGUUAACGUGGGAGAAAGUGAAUCAUGAAACAUCCACUUAAAGUGUUAAUUAUCUUAACAAAGAGUAUGAAGUUAAGUAUGAAUUAUCUACCUUUUCCAUGUUAAUGAGACAAAAAUAAAUCACUGCUAAUAAGAACUUAGACAAAAACAUGUGAGCAGUCGACCAUUGGGCGUUCAAACUAUAUUACUCUCAAUAAUAUUCUAACUCUAUGAGACUCUCUAUGAUAUUCAAGCUCUAUAUUACUCUCUUUGACUCUAUGAAAUUCAAACUCUAUGAUAUUCUAACUCUAUAUUACUCUCUGUGACUCUAUGAUAUUCUGACUCUAUGAUAUUCUAACUCUAUAUUUAUCUCUAUGUUAUUCUAACUCUAUAUUACUCUCUGUGACUCUAUGAUAUUCUACCUCUAUGAUAUUCUACCUCUAUGAUACUCCUCCAUGGUGGUUCACAUUCAUUCAUUCAUACAGACUGAAUGGUUGAGGGGCUCUCUGUUAACUCUGUCACCUCUCUGUUUUAAUCCCCGUGGAUAUGAAGUCUCACUCCCUCGAUGCGUCUGUCUCUGAUGGUCAUUUUUCUUCUUGAUGCGUGUGAACGACAAACUCAGGAGUAAUUACUAAGUGUCAUCAGUGUGAUGUAAGGCUGUUUUUGCCUCUGUCGAAGGUACAGUGUGUAACUCUUAAGGACAAAAAGCAUCUAUGAUAAAUGAUGAGUAUAACUUUAAGAAGAACUUUAUUUAUCCUCGAAGGGAAAGUCAGUGUCCAUCAGUUCAAGUUCUUAUAUGACAAACACCACUGUGGCUGUACUAACAGGAGGGGUGAGAAGGGAGCGUUUUUAUCCAGAAGAGUUUGUUUCCCUAAAGUCAAAUAUCUAAGAUAGUCUAAAGGUUCCUCAUUAGUGUGAUUAAUUACAGUUCGUAUAUCGACUCUCGUGAACGGUCUCUGGUUUUAUUUUCUAGAUUGUUGUAAAUUUAUCUCAUUUUGACAAGAUAACGAGAUCUGUUAUCUAGAGACAGAUAAAUUAAUCUGUUAUCAUGGUAAAAAAAAAAAACAGCUUUUCUAUCCUGAGAUAAUGAGAAAGACGAUUCACAUGAGAUUAACUUGUCGUCCCAGGAAAACUCGUGUUGUUGUUUCAAGAUAACAGUGUGAUGAAAUCUCAGGAGAAUAAGCUUAAAUUUCCUGUUUCUCUCAGGAGAAGAAAGUGAAUUAAAUGUUUGGAUGUCUGUCUGCUCCGGAGAAGUGAAAAGAUCAAAUAAAUGAACGAGUUCAUACAGUAAAAAAACAUCUUUUCAGAGGAGUACUCUGGAUUCUCUCCUCUGUUGAAUUACUGUCUUCAGCAGUAAAUAGAACUGUCACAUUGCUUCUUACUUCCACAUGUUGCAUUAUAUUGCAGGCAGCUUUUCUAAAUGAUUCCCUGUCAUGCAGUCCAAUUUAAAAGCAAAAUGCAGUGAAGAGAGAGAGAGUUGUUUGGGACUGGCUUACCCGAGGAUUGUGGUUGAAAAGGAAAGAAUAAAUUAUGAAUGUUCCUCUUACUCUCUUAAAGAUGAAAUUUUCUGUUGCCUGUAAAAUCUGAAUGGUUCAGAGACGAAACUACGGCGGUGCUGGUGUCCGGUACGAGGGGCUGGAGUCAUUCAAAGAGCUAUGACGCUAACAUCAGGAUGCUAACGUACUCGACUGUGUUUUAACAAAGGCUGUUAGAUUAGUGACACUUACCUGAAUCAGAAUCAGGGUUUGUCUUUUAUUUUGUCAAGUAGUUUUACACAUUCAAGGAAUUUAUUUAUAAGAGUUUAAGAUCAUUUACAAAGAGGAAACACAAACACAGGACACUGUCUUUAUGGUCUUUAAUUAUAAACAGCUGAAUGUGAUGAAUAAAAUAAGUUAAAAUGAAAUGUUAGAGAAGUUCGAUUCAGAACCAAACUUUAACCCUCCUCCUGCGUAAAUGUCCACACCGACCCGUUUUUGUUUUUAAACGCUUAAAAACCAAAUAAAUUCGCUUUUUUUCAUCAAUACUUUUUGACUUUGUCAGGAACCUCGAUUUCAACAUAAUAAAAAUGAAAAUAUUAAAUAGACUAAAUUAUAAAAUGCUCUUAUUAAAAUGAUGACACUUGUCGUGUUAGAGUCGCUGUUGACCCGGUUAGAUUAAUAUCUAAUAAUUAGAGUAAAAACUGAAAUCAUAAGUUCACUGACAGUCAGAUCCUCGUCCAAUCAUGUGAGAUUUAGGAAAUUCUCAUUUUUCAUGUUUUUCCUGCACAAAAAAGAACGUUGGACAUGUCCAGACAUGUGAGAUCAGUUCAGUAUAGAUGUCUGUGUGAGGACCACUACAAAAACUAUUAUAAUCAAUGAGAUGAGAACCAAAUUAGAUGAUAGAGAAUUGUUGUUAGUGUAAUUUACAGCUGAUUUAAGACCCGAGUCAAAACCGACCUGUUAACAUGGGGGUUCGUAGUGAAAGCUAACACAGGAGGAAGGUUAAAGUGUUGAUAUGACAUUUUUCCUGUUCGAAGUUCUCCGUUGGUCCUCCUGACGGCCGUCUCUCCCUCCUCUGCAGGUCAAAGCUCUGGGCUGUGACGGCAGCACAUCUCUGGCCUCCUGGCUGGACGGCCUCGGUCUGCAUGAAUAUCUCCCCAACUUCCUCUCAAGCGGCUACCGCACCCUGGAGUGUGUGAAGAACCUGUGGGAGCUGGAGAUCGUCAAUGUAAGGAGCUGUUUCUGUCAUUUGGUCUGUUUUGGGAAACCAGUUUGUUCCAAAGACCCAGAAUGUUCUCAGACCCGUGUUUAGAGACGUUCAGAUCCAGGUGUCACAUAAUGGAGUCCGUAAUCAGAUUUAUGGAUCCUGUUUGAAGUUGAGAAGCACUUUCAGAGCAAUCCUGACAUCGCCCAGCAGAGAAAUGCUCCAUGAUGAAAGCAUUAGCAUGAAAUUACAACAUCACUGAGUCAUAAGUGGAUAUACUUAGUGGAUAAAAUCUAAAUUGAAGAGCAACAUGGUGCCUGACGACAGGAAAACAGACUACCUGUUUCUUUCUUUAUAAAAACCCAAAAAUGUCAUGAUAAUUUUCUCAUUUUAAAGCAACAACGAUAAAGAAACAAACAUGAGAAUCAGACACAGAAAAGCCUGUGAGUGAAUAUUUGUGCAGGUGUGGAUUUCAAAGAUGAUGAAAAGGGAACAAAAAUCUAUAUAUCUGUCUGCUCUCUGUGUUUUUACUGGUUUGGAUCUAUAACGUUGAUCGACUUCCUCUUUUACCUGAAAAUAAUUCAGAUUUAAGAGGCUGACCUGUCUUUGUUUGUGAGCAGACAAGGUUUAUUAUUUUCUAACUUAUUUGACGCUGUUGCUUUUGUCUCUGUGGAUAUAAGUGAUUAUUUUUAUUCACCUUACAGCAGAGAUCAGUCAGUCUGUCAGAGUUUACAUUAUGGGGGAUUAAUUUUUAAGUUCUGUUUUUGGGUCGGUACUCGGGUCAGCUGUGGAGAGACAGGAAACACGGUGAGUCCAGACUUGCAGCAAAUAGCCAUGGUCAGGAGUUGAACCAGCAACCAGAGCUACGGUGAUAACAGCCUCUACAAACCCUUAAAGAAACAAUAGGACUGUAGAUCAUCAGGACAGUGUUUGAUGGUGAAGGAUAUUCAUGAUCGACAAAUCCAGAGAGAUCCUAGUAUCGGCGAUGGUCGUCCUGACGUCAUCCAUCGCAGUUCUGUGCUUUACAAACGUCACGACCGUCACGCCGAGUGAAUCAAUGACAUUGUAAAGCUGUGCGGCUGAGUGUGAAAAUACCAGGCCUCCAUUUUUAAAGUUUUCUGAUGAGAGUUAGGAUGAAGAACUUCAUUAUAUAAGAGAGCAGCAGGUUUUAACUGUGUCUGCACUGCAAAGAUGGUAAAGACAAAUACAGGGUCACUCUGAAAAAAACAACAAGUUUAAAGAAUCAUGUGAUUUAGAAAAGUGUGUUUAAACUCUGACUUCAUGCAGAAUAAAAACAUGUUUUUAGAGAAAAGUGAUGAACUGUUGUGACAGAUCUAGGCUGUAUAGAUUCUACUCUAUAGUUGAAGUUAAUUUAUCUCUAUUUAGAUUAACUUUCACUGUUUUUGAAAAUCUUGUUGGAUUACCACAGGACAGAUGUUUCUUUGACAUUCAUGCAGGAUGUGUCAGACAUUAAUUAUUGAUUCAUGUUGAAGUGACAUAUUGAACAUUGAAGAAGUGAAUAGACUGAUAAGUUGGCUUGAUAAUCUAGCUGUUCUUUUAGAAGAGUGAUCUUUCCCCGACUGUUCGUUUUGUUUACCGUCACAAAAUAUGAUUCAUGUUUGGACUGAGCUAAAAUGUCUUCGACCCGCCUGUACCUGAAGUCUCAUCCAUGUCAACAUUUCAGGUUAAUGUCCAUCGUACUUUGUGCAAGUUGGCAAAAUUGGAUCGUGAUUAAAACCAUGUGAGCAUAAACACACCAUGGAUUAAUGCAGAUUAAUGCAGACACUGUUUUAAAGGAUGUGUGUUGUCAGCAAAUCUAUCCUAAUGUGGAGUGAACGGAGGUGGAUCAUAUAAAUACUCAAUAGCUGGUAUUGUCUGAGGUUAUUAAAGCCUAAUCUCGUUUUCUAGUGAGAUCAGCAGAAACGUUAAUUUGGGGAACAUGCCAGGUCAUUGUUUUAGUGAGGCUGAGGGGGGCGGGGCUUUUAUUUGACAGACAGGACAUGGGGGGGCUUAGGGAGAAGGUCCUUGGGCCAGGACUGAACCCACCUGUCCACUUUGAGGACUCUAACCUCUGUGUGUUGGAGUUACCGCUCUGUUAAACCGUCACAGUUUUUAAGCCUUUAUGAGGGGAUGAGGAAACAAUGCUGCUGAGCGUCUGUACAGUCGUAGACGAUGGGAGUGGAAAGGUCUGGAGCCUCUUAGUUACAGGGAUUUGAAUGUAUCGCAGUGACUUACAUUUCAUAGUGUUCAUCUGCAUUGUAAAGAUUAGACUAUUUGUGCAGGCUGACUCGCAUAAUUCGCCAAACGCCACAUUUCCAACAUGUUAGCGAUGCUUACUGCCUCCUCGCUUGUUAUAAACCGUUAAAGGGCGAAAGUUCAAGACCGGUGUAGCUAAUGGUGUCGACGUUCGCAUUGUUCAUAUCAUGACAGGCUGCGGGCCAAUCCAAACAGAGGCUUUAACAUGGCUGAUAACCAGCGUCUGAGCAGUUCGGAGCGUGUUUACUGGGAUCAUACAUCCCUGACUUAUCGCUGCAUUUCCAUGUGUGUUACGCCUCGAUAAGCACGGAGACAGUGGUGGUUAAAAUGGCAGAAAUCUGAAACAGCUGCAGCAGCAGGAGGGAAACAGCAGCCAAACGUAGAGCUGAAGCACUGAGAGAGGGACGGCGUCCAGCAGACAGAGGGCCGGGCGUGAGAGCGGGCCACAUUACUCUCCGUGUGCAGAACCGCAGAACUGCCUCUGAGCAUCUUGGCAGAACUUCCGCUGCCCAUUUCAUUUUCCUUCAGCCUCUACAGCGUCUUUCAGCACCAACCAUCAACUUGAUCUAUGAGCUGGUUUACAUUCCCAUAUAAUCCCAGGGCUCUUUAUUAGUAUUUAAAUCUCCUCCUAUACCACAGUCUUUGUGUCUCAGCGGGAUUCUGCACAUGAAAAUAGUCCAACCAGCACCAGAAACCCAGCGCACAGACCGCUCGGCUCUUCCUCCUCUGACUCUCACUGAAUAAAUAAUUGAAGCUCUCACACAAAGAAGCAUAUGAGCCUGUUAUAGAAUAUUUUGUCCUCGCGACAUAAUUACAAAUGUAACAUUAAUCACUCUACAUCCACCUUCACUGGAUGAGCAUGAAUGUUAAUAGCCAAUUAUGCAAAUAUACAGUGUUGGGAUAAUGAGCGUGGACUACAUAAAAUUAACCUCGACUACCUCCUCAGAGGGUUUGAGCCACAGAAGCAGAUACGGCGUUUGUCAAAGGUUUAAAGGGACGGAGAUGGCGAGGAUGGAGGUGCGUCAGGUGAAAACCCCUUUAAUUAAAAACAUACUGUAUAUCCAAACUCUGACGGAUGCAAAACACUUUCAGAUUUACACGGUAAUUUGCAUAUUAUGCCUCAUAAAUCCACAAAUGCUGCUCUGUUAUUUCAGCGCUGUGUUAAAGAAUAAAAAAAAGAGGAUUGUGAAUUAUAGAGUGUCCCGGGAAGGAGACAGCGCUGCACUUUAAGCUUACGGCAAAACAGAUUGAGGCUGAAUUAUUGAGGAGAGUCAUUUCUGUUUGCUUGUGGAAGUCUGCCAGAGAGGGGUUCAUGCCACCAACUCUGUGUCCUCCGUGUAUUUUGGAUAGAUCUCUAUUAGCUGGGUCUGCAGCAGAAACAUGUUUAUGUGGCAGUGUCUCUGGGUUUGUCAUCCUUUAACGUCUCCUCCUCCUCCUCACGCUGUCGUCUCCAGGUUAUUAAAGUCGGUCCCUUGGGCCACAGGAAGAGGAUCAUCGCUUCUUUAGCAGAGAGACCGUAUGAAGAGGCCCCAUCCAAGUCCCGCCUGUCUCCAAUCAUGGUAAGGCUGCCCAUCUACUAUUUGAUGCACAUUCUCUAUAAUAGGGUCUCUUUUAUCAGCCGUUCAUUCAUCAUAUUCACAAGAUGGCCAUUUCCUGAACGAGGCGGUCUUAUCGAAGGGAUAGUAUUGAUUUCUGUUUCCUGUAAAUGAAGGGGGUCUGCUGACAGCUGCACAGCUAACUGACCGGGAUAUAUAAAAGGGGAAAAAGCAGAAUAAUGGACUGAAAAUGAGGUGUAAAAAAACGUAUCUCCUGUUAGGUCAGGUGACCUCAAAACUACAUUUAUAUUCAGCGAGGACGCGGCUAACACGAGGAACUCAUACAUCUUCCAUGAAUCGUGUUGGACGAGUAAAGAGGAGAGGAGGAGUCGGGGUGUGCUGUCCUCUCAGAAAUCAAUGUCCUAAUGAGACGAAAAAUGACAAUAUUUGGUUUCCCAUCGAAAAAAAACAGACGUUAUGUGUUUUUUUUAAUUAAAGCUAAAUUAAGACAAAGUUCCUUAUAGGAGCUUUACAUUAAAAAAACACAUAACUUUUGUUUUGUUCAUGAGGAGAGCUAAACACUGUCAAAAAAAACAAAACAUCAAGACAUCGAUUUCUAGAACUCUGUCUCAAUUUUGGCGCCCCCUGUGGACAAAGUCGUCUGUCCUUAUCUCACCCUUUUUGAGUCUUGAUGGUCAUAUCGUAAAAUCGUAAAAACUGAGCCGCCUCCCUGACACUUUUCUUUUGGACAUCAUUAGUAUAAUUUCUUCUUUGUUUAAUGAAUGUCAAAAAAACUCCUAACAGGAGCUUUAAGGAAAAAUAAAAAUCUUAUUUAUUAACACAGAACAGAGUCGGUCAUAAAUACAAUCCUCUGAAAUCAAGAGGAAAAAGUGCUGAGAUCAAAUCGUGGAGGUUUGCCGGGUCGUUUUUGGUUUUGCUGGUGUUGUAGGUUGUUGGUCUUUGACAGCUGGUUCCUGAGUCCUGUCAGAUUCUUCAUUUUCUGCACAUCGGUUUCUGUCUUUACUUAGAUUAGGAUCUUCUGAGGAACAUCUGUCUUUUUGAAGCUGAACACAACCAGGACACACGCCAGGACCUACUGAACACUGGUUUCUCCAAUCUCAUUGAACUCCAGUAUCAUAAAAAUAAAGUGAAUUCUGAUUCUGAACUUCCUCCAGUGAGUGAGUGAGUGAGUGAGUGAGGGAGAAUCUCGUCUAACGAUUAAAAUCUAAAAUCAGUUUUAAGGCCGACGGUGUUUGUUUUGGUCUCCUGCUGCGUUUUUAACUUGCAGCUGCGCUCGCUCAGGAAGUGUGAACGCGGCGUGUGUCCUCCAUGCACAUGCACAGUCGCCUGUCCUGCUAGGCGUAAUCAUACCCAGUUUUGUGAGUGUGGACCACCACCGCGUGUUUUGAUUGUUUCUGAGUGACAAACUCAAUAUUGUCAUUUUUCACAUCUAUAAACCACCAAAUCAGAUAUAAUUUUACAGGAUAAAUAUAUUCAUCACAUCUCCAACAUGAAGCAGAGCCUGUACGCUCGUUCUAGCAGAAAACUCACUGAUUCAUAUUUGACACAAUCACCUGAAAACUGUGGAGGUCUAUUAAAGCUGCAGGACUAGAUUCCCACUCUCCCCCUCUGCUCUGUCAUUACCUCGGUGGUCCCACACUUGGCCUCAUACUUUCAGUCCCACCACCUCCCCAGAAUCCACCUGCAGGCAGCAGCUAAGGGGUUUAAGAUAUUACCUCAUCUCUCCUCAGAUUUCUUCAUGUAAAAUUUAUCUGCGAGGAGUGAUGAACCCCGAAAACAAACAAUAUCCUGCUGCUGCAAUAAACACUUCAGAGCGUCACCACCAUGAAAGUUUCUGACUGAGACGAAGUUAGCCGAGGAGAGGCUCAGCGCUGCUGUAUCGGCUUUUGUCUGAAAUCAUGAAUGGAGUCUUUUACAGAAGAGCAUGAGUCAUGAAGUAGGUUGUGCGACCUUGAAAAAACUUCAAUAUUUUAUCACCUUUUCAGCCGUUCAGAAGUCAGGAAGAGAUCAUCAUGAAAUAAGUCAGAAUCUCCGUGUUUGUAGGACUAGACCAGCACAGUAUGACAUGCUAAUCACUCGUGGUGGGAAUCAACAGUGGCCUCACGAUACGAUAUUAUCACGAUACAAUAUUAUCACGAUACUUGGGCCACAAUACGAUAUAAUCACUAUAUGAUAUUAUCCCACGAUACAAUAUUAUGACGAUACUUCAGCCACAAUACAACAUUAUCACAAUACGAUUUAUAAUGAUACUUGGGCCACAAUACGACAUUAUCACGAUACACUAUUAUCAUGAUACAAUAUUGUCCCAAAAUGAUAUUAUCAUGAUACUUGGGCCACAAUACUAUAUUAUACCAAAAUGAUACUAUGACCAUACUCGGGCCAAGAUACAAUAUUAUCACGAUACUUGGGCCAGGAUAGGAUAUUAUCAGGAUACGAUGUUAUCGCAAUACUUGGGCCAUGAUACAAUAUAAUCACAAUAAGAUAUUAUCAAGAUACUUGGAUCAUGAUACUAUAUUAUCACAGUACUUGUGCCACGAUAUGAUAUUAUCACGAUACGUAGGCCACAAUACGAUAAUAUCAUGACACGAUCUUAUCGCAAUACUUGGGCCAUGAUAUGAUAUCACUUAUAUAUACAUUUGUUGUACUAACUUUUUCCCGCUCUAUCACCUCCGCCAACCUCACUGGACAAACAGUUGGUUUUAUUUUCCUUUUAUCAUAGAUUUGACUUCAUAUUAACAUUUAAUUUGAAAAAUCGAUACUUGGUUAAUGAGACGAUACAAUAUCUUACCGGACAAAAUAUCACGAUACUAUGCUGUAUCGGUUUUUUCUCCCACCCCUAAUAACCACUCAUAUUAGUCUGUCAUAGAGAUGUUGGAGCUCAGAGGUAGAUUGUACAGAAAUAACAAUAAUCAUCAGAGGUCAGAUACUAGGCUGUCGUAAUAUACUGGUGUUCACAGUAACUUUAUUUUUUACUUAUAUUGUGCCAAAAAAAGCACAAAGUAAUGCUUUGAGUUUGGAGAGAUAGAGGGAGAUGCCAAAAAGAGAGAUGGACAGAGGUGAGAUUGAUGAACGUAGUUGAAGCAGCUGGAGAUCAGGCAGGUCUGAGGGACCUCCAGCAUGACGGAGCUCAGGGACUCCCAGAGAAGACUGUGAGUUAGUGACUCUAAUGGGACAUGAUGAUUCAGAGUUAAUGACACAGACAGAGAGAGGUUCGAGGUCACAGAUUUUUUUAGCUGAAAUUUGAGUGCCCAUCUGUUGUUGUCGUUCUCAGUAUUGAGAUCAGUGAUUACUGCCUGUUAUUUUUGUUUUUGAACAACCGUCCAAACAGAGCUGCUUCAGAUAGGAGGUAAACACGGCUUCAUAAGAACCUUUAUUUCCAUGCCAACAUCAUUUUGUGAGAAAAAAGGGAAAAAAGCAAAAAUCAGCGAGCGAUGUCUAAUUUUGGAAAGAGAUUCUUCAAUAUCAUUAUGUUCACAACAGUUAAAUACUCAGGGCUGAUUUCCCAGGCAGAUUAUGGCGGGCUAAAAGAACAGAGAAGAGGCUCUUUGUGGAGGAUUAAGCUUGGAUGUAGAUCAGGGAAAACCGCCAUGUAGACGGCGCUGUCAAAUCAUGAAUCUCCGCUGCUCCUGUUUGUUGAUGUGGACUCCUCUGUGUGUUUCAGUUCCAUGACCUCCUGUCCCAGAACACAUCCCCCCUCAGUCAGAUGGACCCCUACACCAGUCGCUCCAUGGAUAUGCUCCUACCCCUGACAGAGUCGGACCGGAGGCGGAGAGGAAUCGACCAGGACUGUAGCGUUUCUCUGCGUUCAUACUGCGAGCGGCCGCGCUCUGUAGUGAGUCUUUCCUCUUUUAUCUUCUUCUGGGAAAACACCAAAGAACAGACUUUGAGUGAGCGACUGGCUGAAUAAUAGACGAGGAAGAGGAGGAGGAGGAGGCUGCACACGGUCCGAUGUGUCAGGGUGGUUUGUCACAUGCUGUAGGAGUUGUAGUCACAUUUUUGUAGACGCAGUGGGCCGACCCAGACAUCCACAGUCUAAAUCAGACAACGGAGAAAUCAGGAUUUACAGCAAGAUACAAAACAAUGAGAUGUUGUAGAUUUCUCCACCAUCAGCAGGAUUAAAUAGUCUUUAACAUUCUGCAAUUAAAAUAAAUUUCAAGGUAGAAUUUAGGCUUAAACUGAAGGUCUUAAAAAGUGAUGAAAACUUUGAGUAAGGGGUGAGAAGUUUGAACAGGGUUAGUCUAACUCAUGAAUAAAACUAAGAACUGUUCACAUUUUGAGGCUUCAGGAUUGGGUUAAAUCUGAAUUUUUUCAUCAACGAAAUUUGUCACACAGUCCACAGAAAAUUUAACGUAUUACAAGUAUUUUCCAUUUUAAAACUCCAACAUUUCUGUAGCGUUUCUCACAUGAAUCCUUUGACAUUCAGUUGCUAUUAAAGCUGAAGGAGGUAGACACAGCCUCCAUAAUGACCACAGAGUUUAAUCAACACGUCUGAGAGCUGAACAUAAUCACCUCAAUGACAGGAAGAUUUACUGCAGGAUUGUCGUCAAAGACUCUGGUGAGUGAGGGGUAAGAAAACAGAAGAUCAGCCCUCAUGUUGCUGGCUCCAGCUGGAGUGAUCGGACUUUAUCACACGUAUGUUUGACUUUCUCAAAUUUAGCCUGUGAACCUAAAAAUAAGGAGUGUCUGAUAAACAUUAGCUGAUAAAAAAUGUGCACAGAUCAUGAAUAAUGUGUAGAUUUUUUAAUAACUUGAACAUUAUUUGUUUAAAUUUGUCUUAAAUCAUUUAUUUGGAUUCAUAUAAUUUCACAGAAAGUUAAAAUAAGACAGUAUCGCAUUAAUGCACUGUUUUAAAAUUGACAGGGUAGCUCACCUUCUGGCCGUUACCAUUAUCUGUACAGACGAGGAACAAUCUGACAAAACUACUUUAUUAUUUAAUGAUGAAACAAGAAUUUGGACUCAGACAGCUGACUAAUCCAAAGACAAGAAAACACUAAAAACGGUCAAAACUGAGCGGCUUUUUAUUUAACUGGGAACAUGGGGUCUCAUAUUCUCCAGGUAGACAACGUCAUGUUGGUUUGGGAAUGUGGCUAACACCAGCAGAGCUAACACCAGCAGAGCUAACACCAGCAGAGCUAACACUAGCAAAGCUAACACUAGCAGAGCUAACACCAGCAGAGCUAACACUAGCAAAGCUAACACUAGCAGAGCUAACACCAGCAGAGCUAACACUAGCAAAGCUAACACUAGCAGAGCUAACACCAGCAGAGCUAGCACUAGUGGAGCUAACACCAGCAGAGCUAACACUGGCAGAGCUAACACCAGCGGAGCUAACACCAGCGGAGCUAGCACUAGUGGAGCUAACACUAGCAGAGCUAACACCAGCGGAGCUAGCACUAGUGGAGCUAACACUAGCAGAGCUAACACCAGCAGAGCUAGCACUAGUAGAGCUAACACUAGCAGCCUUUGGUCCACAUGCCUGUUCUUAAUACACGUUAUAAAUCAUGUUGGGAUUAUCAAAUGCAGCUUCCUCAUGGGGCGCUCACACCAAGCACAAGUAAAAUCAUCUACUCACUAAAUUCACAUAAAUCUAGAUGCGUGAAUGAAUAGUAUUUACUCGCUUCAUUCUCGUGUCAAAGCCGUUUAUGCUAAUUCUAACGGUAAUCCCUGCCAAUCCAACAGACGGUUGGACGUGAAUAUCCGCUCAAGUUCAGACAUUUUCAGCGCACGCCUAAUUCACGUCAUUUACACCGUCAGAGUAGUAGGAGCGUCUCAUCGCGUCUUUGCAUUGACUUAACAUGUAAUUCAUUCGUGCGAAUGAUUUUACUCGCACUUGGUGUGUGGAGACAGUUAAAGUUUAAAGUUUAUUUACUUCGUUAAAAAUCGGCCAAACUUGCCUCAGAGCUUCUUUAACCCACAAGUAUUUCUGGUUCUGACUAAGCAAAGAUAAUGUCGAUGAAUCCUUUAAACAUCUUUUCACCGAUGUUGUUAAAAUCAACUUCAACUGUAGGAGCCGAACUUAUGAGAGCGGUAAAAAUCCUGACCCUGAGUUCUUCGUAACUUGGCUGGCGGGGGAACUGUGUGAAUUUUAGCAGCACUGACUUCUUCUGUGCUUCCCUGAAUUUCUUGGAUUCCUCCUCCGAAGAAUCCAAACCAAGAAUAACUCAGUGAUCCAAUUUGAACAUUUGCUAAAGGUCAACCUACGACACAUCCACAAACAGUCAAGAUGGCCGGCCUGCUUUCUGACUCACUGAGGCUGAAGUGAAAACACAGCGCAGCGCCCACAGAUCAGGGAAAUGUUGCCCGCCUGCACUCACAGGAUCCAUUAAAUGUAAAAUCAAUAGUCAUCAUUUUCCCCAAAUGCGUAGUGGAUUAUUUCCAAUAGUGUAUUUUACUCUGACAGGUGAUUUAUGAGAGAGCUGAGCGUGGCCCACUUUGACCUAAAGGCCCGAACCUCCGCAUGAAUAUUUAUGAGCAGAUCAUAAAAGACUGGGAUUAAAAUGCUGAGCAUGCAGACUUCAGCUGCUUUUACACUAAUGUGCAACAGUCAGGAGUCUUACCUCACCCCCACCACCACCACCACCAGGACUCAGAAACCAACAUGGAGUCCGUUUGUCGACGGCGUUUCAGUUCUCUUAAAGGUUAAAGUUUGUACACUCAGAGUAUUUCCUCAAGCACAAACAUGGCGGUGGCGUCUCUGACGGCGUCUGUGUUUCUGUCUGUGUUCACUCUUCAGGACAGACACAGCGAACGGCACAAAGACUCUCGAUUAAACCUCCGGCCGCCGAGCCACUCUGCUACCUACGCCACCGUGUCAGCGUGGCAUCACCAGCCUGAGAAACUCAUCCUGGACUCCUGCGGAUACGAGGCGACUGUACGUAGUUUGGAGUGUUUUUUUCUCACCGGUGUUUAUCAUAGAGAGUGGAUUUCUCAUGUUCAUGUCAGUAUUUAUUGAAUUAGGUCAAAGAUGGGACUCAUGGAGCUUGGUUAAUUAUAAAGAAGGGUUAAUGGAGACUCACUGCCUCAUCAGCUCUAGUCCCCGUUUAUUCGUACCUGGUUAUUUUUAACAUUAACCAUCGUUUGCACCCUUCGUUUAGACGCAAACGGAGAAUUCGCCCCUGAAAACGAUGAUUUUUAAAAACUCUGUUUGUACGUAAACAGAGAAAAACAGAGAUUUGGGUAGCUUCCGGCUACACUGCCACCUACAGGUUUGGCAUGAUCUCUACACGGGUUAGUGUAAACGAAAACUUUUCUGAAAACGUCAUGGUGUAAACGCAGUUUCUUUGUAAAUGGAGAGGGUGAAAUGUCCAUUUAUGAAAAUAGCUGGGCACGUGUAAAUAUAGAUUCUUCUUUUUCUUCUUCCAGACAAACAAAAUACCAAACUUGAGUCUGUUUCCUCGUCUUUUUGUUGAGCUAACUCUGUUCCGUGUUGUUUUAUUCGUUUAGUAUCUAGGAUCUAUGAUUAUCAGGGAUCUACGAGGGAUUGAGUCCACACAAGAUGCCUGUGCUAAAAUUAGGGUAAGUGUUGCUGCAAAGCUUAAACUCAUUUUUAUCACUUUGAAGUGAGAGUGCUCCCCCGAUUCUCCGAAUGUAAUAAAUUCAUGGGAAAGAAAAGGGUGAGAGAGGCAAAACUGGAAACCACUCUCCCCAGUCAGCACACGUCUGAGCGCAUGAAUAUUUCUGUUUAUAGUACACCGUCUAUUGUGUGUUGUUUUGCAAUCUCCUGACUGCAGAAAUCAAAAGACUCCAGGAAGGGUCCGGUCGUCAUCCUGUCCAUCACCUAUAGAGGAGUCAAGUUCAUCGAUGCAGCCACCAAGGUAAUGGGAACGGAUGUUUGUGUGCGCAUCGAUCUGUUGAACGUAAACAAUGGCUGCUGACUCUCCUAGCCUCCAUUAGCGGUCGACUUCCAGUUAGCACUCACUCACCCCCCCCCCCUCCACUUCCUCUCUUUACUAGACUAUAGUCGCGGAGCACGAGAUCAGGAACAUCUCGUGUGCCGCUCAGGAUCCUGAUGACCUCUGCACUUUUGCUUAUAUAACCAAGGAUCUCAAGAGCGGACACCACUUCUGUCACGUCUUCAGCACUGUGGAAGUGGUGAGUUACCCAAACUCUCCGAGAAAUAUGAACCAUCAGGCUCCAAACCUGGAAUAUCAGUGAAAACAGUCAGAAAGAUGCAGCCUGUUCUUUUUGUGGAAAAUGGUUUAUACGUUUUUAGGAUGUGUUCAGCAAUGUGCAGUUUAUGUGCAGCUGUGUAGUUUUUUUUUUCUGCUCAUUGAACUCAACACCAAGAUAUAUUUCUAACACCUACGAUCAGACUCAUUGACUUAAUAAUCGUCAAUCUUUUUAUCCACGACUUUGAUCGAACAGAAGAAAAGUCUGAAGAAGUUGUGCUGCUCCACUGAUAUGUUUCAUUAUCUACCCAGCAUGCUUUGCUUUGUGAAUUGAGGUGGUUUUUUGCUUCUUAGAGGGUUAAAUAACACGACGCAGUAAAAUACCCUCUCUGCAUUUAUACUCAUGUGUUGGUUGCAUUAGUGGAGAGGAUGAAGUUUAAAGCUCCUGUAAGGGAAUUUCUGUUUGUGUCGACUUUGGCGCCCCCUGUGGUUAAAAGCAGUAAUUGCGUCCUCUAGAUUCUUAAGUAGUGACGUCUUGGAAAUCAAAUGUAGAAUUUAUGGUGAAUAUUUCAAUAUUUUAUUUUCGUGAAGGUCUGCUCCUGCUAUGCUUGGCAUUUCCAUAUAUAGACUCUGAAUAUGAUGUAAUUUGUGUCUGAGCUUCAGUAAAGGUCAAAGGCAAUCUUUUCUCUUUGGGGGACGAACCACUGCGGAGAGUCGCUUAACUGCAGAGAAACAUUUUCAGAGUCUAACCAGGCCCAAACACAAUUUUCUGCCUUCCUUAUUUUUAUUAAACUCAGCGGCUCCGUGUGCACAACGUGAUGUCAAACCCAGAUAUUCAAGCGGGAGCCAACAGACAAUUACACCAAGUAAUUAUCCUAACAAUGUGAAAAGCUGCCUUUUUGUGAUGCUUAUUGUGAUGUGAUUUUGUAUGAUAAUAGUCGCUCUGAAUCAGAGUCGGAUAUCAUUAAAAUUUAUUCACUUCUGCUUUUGUUAUCACAGACUGACUAAAAGAGCCGACACCAAACAGUCAAGUUUACACGGGCGCUUUUUUAAUGUGAUUAGUGAAUGAAACAGCUGAUCUGUUUACUCCACGUUUAACGUGUUUAACCCCCAAUUUCCACCACAUCCUGAACGACAACGAAAAGGCUGUAUCCUCCAAACGCAGCUGAUCGUAAACAUUCAAGUUAACGUGUCAAUUUACACCGACUUCUUUCCGUUCCUCUGCGGAUCGCCGGACUCCUCAGCUGAUCACAAGAGUUCUAUUUUUUCUGGACGCCGGAGCAUGGCGGAUAAAUUCAGCACAGAUUAACCCGUGCUGGAAAGGAAGUCAGGCACAGACACAAAAUAAAACAUCCGGCUUCUUUUCAAAAUAAAACAUCCGGCUUCUUUUCAAAAUAAAACACCCUGUGUUUUAGGAGGAUCGUAUUUCACACCAUGCAAACGGGCGGAGACGAACAAGUGAAAGGUUUUUAGACGUCAUUUCACCCCGAUGACACCAUGGAUGAGGAGAUGCUGAUUCUAGAAGUCUAGAAGUAGAUUUCCUCCUCUGGAAGGACACAAUCUACUGCUUAUAUGUCUAUGUGUCUGUCUUUAGAGAGACGACUCGUUAUGGUGCGAUUCAAUGUGAAUCUGUGCAUUCUUGUGAGUUCUCGUGAUUCCUGCUGUUCGUAAUCGGCCACAAAAUUCACCUCACAAAGAAAUCCCAUAGGAACUCACGGACGGUGAAAUCACAUAUGUUCCGGAUCAGAGCCGUUCCGAAUGCGGUGGAAAUUCGGGGUUAAGGUUGAUGAGAACUCAGCGUGAAUCUUUCAUCAAACCAAAAUCUAAACUUUCACUUUGACGAAUGUUUUUGUUUCUAUCAUCAAGUCUGUCCUCUCUUCGUCCAACACACUUGUUCUUCUUCUCGUCUUCAGACACAGACCUACGAGAUCAUCCUCACACUGGGACAGGCGUUUGAAGUGGCCUAUCAGAUGGCGAUCCAGUCCAGGGCGAGACAAUACGUCCCGCCUACUUCUCUGACCUCGGAGGUCAUCGAGACCAAAACCAGCCGACCUGUACCGCAGUCCUGGAAUAGUAUGCGGAGAUCAGCAGUGAGUACCACCCUCAUAACCCCGUGAAGUGACCUGUUGAGUGUGUGCGUUCAUGUGUGUUAGCCCCACGUCUCUAAAGGACAGAGGUAAAGUCCAAAAGUCCACCGUCCUCAGAGGACCCCCUCAGAAGCAGACCUGCUGUGUUUGUGUCUGAAAACCAUGAGUCAUUACUUUGAUAAGGGUUUCGUCACGCCCACCCCUCGACUCUGAGUCACUCAAAUCAGCGGAGACUUCUUCUUCUUCUCCUUCUUCUUCUUCUGCGUAUGCGAGACAUGAUGAAUGGGGACUUUUAUUUGUUGUCCGCGGGCAGGUAUCUGAUUUCCUUCGGGAGGUUUCUGUGGGCUCAGCUCCGUCGGUUCGAGCGUCCGCCGCUUCCUCUCUGUUGAUUAAGUGCGUUGCCUAAAUGUCCUCGUACACCCUGAGCCACGCCGUGAUGCAUUGACCUCUCAGGCUGCAUAUAAUGAGCACUCAGUGAUCACUGUCACCUGAGAGAGCUGCCGGGCCGGGAGCACGCUGCACGCCGCUCGACCACAUGCUUCUGCAGAGACACAAAUCACUUUGUUUUACUACCUGCCUGUAAGGAUAAUAUAUGGAGUAAUCACAGAGCUGCAUAAUGAGCCCGGCUGCUUGUUUAAGUUUGAAAAGAGACGGGAGAGAGAGAGAGACUCCUAUCUGCUGCUAUUUGUUUGAAUGUUUGUCUAUUUGUUGACGCCACAGUUAGUUUCUUUAUUUGACUCUCUAAUUCGCCCGAGCUGUGGACGCUUGGACGGCGAGUAAAAUGAUGAAAAAAAGAUUUUGAUGGUUUGCAAACACUUCACAUCCUUUAAUCAGUUAAAACAGUUUAAAAAGACUCUGAAUCAGACGUUUAAAUGAAUUUUAUAAUAAAAUGUCGCUCCACUCGUUCUUGGCUGAUAAAGGAUUUCAGCUGCUCAACAGCUCAGGGUCUCCUUCGUUGUAUUUUUCAUGCCAUGGUGCUCCGUAUCGUUGCUGUGGGUGACAGGUGGACCCCUGCAGGGUGGGCCGGUUUAGCACCUGAACCCCUCGACUGUGACGCCAUGUUAUUGUUGUAUUAUAUGAUGUGGUUUUAACAGUUAGGGCUCUUCAUUCAUGGAGCUUUGUCCACACAGUUUUCCUCUCCACCUCAGUUCCUGGUGUCGGUACCAGAUGUGUUCGGGCGCCCAGAUCGGCGCCUGUUGAUGACGUCACGCUAUAUGAUUGGCUGGAAGUUGAUUGGAUGACGUAGAAGAUUGUGGGUGGUCCAGAUAUUACAGAAGCUGUUUUCAUGACGGUUUUUAUGGGAUUGUAGUUCUUGGACAUAUUUUACAAAAAAAUCUAGUUAUCAAAGUUGACUAACGACAGUCGGACUAUCGCCUCUUUUGGAAAUGUGGAAUAAAAUCAAAACUAUCUAUUGAUAAACGUUUAUGAUCCUGUGUACAUUUUUUUUUCUUUUUCCUGUAGAAAAUAUCAAAUAUAUAUAUAAUCACAUAUACAAUUAAAGACAUCUAAAAAUGACAGUUUAGUCAGUUGUAAUUCUCUGUAUUAUAUGGAGAGAGAAUUCCAACGAACAAACAGAAAUAAAGAAAACCAUGAGGGGCUUUUGACCGAGCACGUUUGACUUAUUAAACGGAGCGCAGUGUAGUUUGUCUGAGUGGACUUGCCGUAGUGUGACAUCUUAAACAGGUUCUGGGCCCGAUCACAUCUGGUACCUUCACUGGUUGUUAGAUCUGGUUCCCUUUUAGCUAACAUUGAUGAACCGGGUUUUAGGUGUGAUUUUGAGCGUGUGCGGUGAGUUCCACUACAGAGUCGUGUCACCUGGGAGCCCAAAGCCGAAUGUUGUGUCCUGUAGACGAUGAAAACCUCAAAUCUUCACAGUCUAACUCUCAGGAACAUUAUUAUCAAAGUUACGCAGUCUCUCACAGAGUAGUGAACCUUUUCGGAGACAUGUCCAAUCCAACAGAUUCAAAGUUUCAGCUCAGGUUGAUGGGUCGUCUUUUCAGUAUUUUUAAUCAAAUUCAGGCUUUAAAAACCAUCAAAAAUUAUGUUUAUAUUAAAGUUGUGUUUCUGUUUAAAUAGAUGAUUAAAUUCCUAAUGGUUGUACACAAACUGAGACACAAUUACAGACUUCCACGUCUGGUCCUCGAGUCUUUUUAGUUCAGUAUUUACUUGUUUUUCUGAUGAUGAAGAUUUGUGACAUUUGGAGGGAGAAAAGAGGUCAAAGGUCAGCACCUCUAGUUUGGUCCUGCCCGGUAUCCCAGCAUGCCUUAAGCAGCAAAUCGGCCGCACACAACUCACAGUAACAGAGCUCAGAUGUUAACGGCACCAGUUCACUGUCAGCGGACACACAAACACACAAACACACAAACACACUCUGAACUGUAACAGGACAUUUUAACUGAGAGAAUUUAUCAUGAAAAGUUAACGCAGUAAUUUAACAUAUUUUUAUAAAUUAAUGGAUUAAAUUAACCCUUUCAGUCCAGCUUUUUUUACAUUUAUUGAAAUAACAGAAGAAGAAAAAAUCAUUAUAUAUUAUUAUAAAAGUUUUCCGAUAUCUCUUUUGUAAUUUGUGACUUUAAAUCCAACAAAAUCAUGUUUUUACCAAACUUAGUUCAACUCUUUACCAGCAAAUCUGAAAGGGGAAAAAAACAGAACCAUUAUUGAUUAUUGUGAUUUUAAUAAGUGGUGCAGUAAAUAAACAUAUUAAAGAGUGCAUGCCACAAUAACACACAGUUUCUACAUAUCACCAGAGUUUACCAAGAAAAACAUCCAAGGAGCCGUUUCUUCAUCACUAAGUUAUGAUCUGAGGUCGGCUGACAGCGGCACAGACCUCCAUCUACAUGAUGAGGGAGAAAACACUGAUUUAAUACAGUGAUCAAUAUUUUACAGCGAUGAUGAUGAAGUUGUGCAGCCGCUCACUGUCAAGAAACUAAAAUGAUCGAAGACUAAAGUCAGUCUUUGUACUUUAAUUAUAAUGAUCAUUAGUGUAAGAUUUAAAGGGAUUUUCCAGCGUAAAAUUAAUGUAGGGUCAAACCCACCGUAACACCGAGUUAGACCCCCCCUCCAGAGAUGAAUGUUGUCGACCGCUUGCUUCUCUAGUUAUACCAACUUUAGUAACGACCGCAGGAUAGUAAUACAGAGAGACACGCCCUCAACCAAAACGCCACUCUAUAGCCACAAAUAAUGUUCAGAACAGCACCUAACUUCAUCAACAGGACAUAUAGGGUCACAGACAUAGUACUAGACACCAAACAUCUUUUUAACUUUGACUCAUUUCUUGAGCAAAGACACUAAACACAACUCACCUACUCUCUUCCAGCAGACGCUUGUUUGUAGCGAGACCUCAGGCCAGUCCAUUACAGACUACAGCGGGGUGCCGCAGCUCAAGGAAGAACAUUUAUGAUCAUUUCUUCAUGGAAAUACAAUCAGACCGAGACGCUAAGACAGAAGAACGACCGCGUCUGAAAAAUGAUUAAUAUGAUGAUUAUUACUUCAAGGAAAUGAUGAAGAAAUGAUCAUAAAUGUUCUUCCUUGAGCUGCGUCACCCCACUGUAGUCUGUAAUGGACUGGCCUGAGGUCUCACUGGGACCCUAUAUGUCCUGUUGAUGAAGUUAGGUGCUGUUCUGAGCAUUAUUUGUGGCUAUAGAGUGGCGUUUUGGUUGGGGGCGUGGCUCUCUGUAUUGCUAUCCUGCGGUCGUUACUAAAGUUGGUAUAACUAGAGAAGGAAGCGGUCGACAACAUUCAUCUCUGGAGGCGGGGUCUAACUCGGUGUUACGGUGUUUGACGCUUACACUGGAAUAUCCCUUUAACAUUUUAUUUGAAUCCCAGUUUCAGAUGACACUCCUCACUCCUCGUCGUUGUGACGGGGAUCAGAAAAUCCUCCUGAACUUCUGAAACUCAUUUUAAAGCAGAGCUGCUGAAGUUCACUUCUGUCUCCCUCACAGUGAGAAACUGUCGCUCCUCAGUUUAUGUGAACCCGUCUUUUUAUAACCUGCAACCAUCUAAAGCUGUUACGUAAUAAUGUGCUUCUUCGCAGUAAGACAGCGUUAGUGAGUAGUAACCUAGUUAGCAGAGCGUGCGACAUUAGCGGCUCGUGUGACUGAGGACAAUAACAAGAGUGAUUUAUGUCUUCAAGGCUAAAAGGAGAUCCUGAACCUCCAUCCUUACACCAGCCUCUGCACACCGCCUCAACAUGUGUACAAAUCCAAAACCUUGACAGACCUGCCGUGCCUAGUUACGGUUGCUAAGCUGUGAUUGGACAGGCGCUCUUUGGGGGAGGGUUGUAGUGAAUGUCAAUUACAGGAGCAGAAUAAGAAGCAGAAUAAUUACCUUGACUAAUGUGCUUUCUUCAGCUGUAGACGGGUGACGACAGCGUCCUCCUCUUCUUCUUCUUCUUCUGCUGUAUUAUCUGUUUGCUAAAUGCUCUGUCCCUCUUUUUCGCUCUCGUUUUUUUUAACAUGUCUUCUUUCUUGUCUUCUUGGUCCUCCUGCUUCCCAGGGUGCCCCUCUGCUCGAAUGCCGCUGCUGUCACUGUCACACGUGUACUACCCACCGCCCUUCCUUCCUCCCGUUGCACUCUGUUAGCCCUGGAGUCCAGGUCCUUCUCUUUCCUUUCCUCUAUUCAACCUGUUAAAUCACCACACAUCGGCUUACACACUUCCCUGUUUUUGUUCUCGAUCGGGUGCCGUAACGCACUUUGUCAUAUUUAUCUUAAUAUUUCAACCAUAAAUCUUCUUCUCAUCCCUUUACUUUCUCAUCCGUCAUCCUCAUCUCACAUUUUAGAGUCGAGUUUAUUCCUGUGGUUCAGAGUAUUAUUCAGGGAGGAGGAGGAGGAGGAGGAGAGGCUUUUCUUUCUUUCUUUCUUUCUUGACGUGAUUUCCUUCCUCUCUCUCUAUAUUUAAGCUUCUCGGAGGACUGUUGGCUUAAUUGUGCCAGUGAGGGUUUUGUAAACAAGAUGGUUGAAGUUGUCUGUCGGAUGGUCUUAAGCUCCGUCUCUCUCUCUCUCUCUCUCUCUCUCUCUCUCCUUCUUUGUGUUACUAUCUCUUUAAUAAGACAUGUUGAGACGAAGUUGUCAUCCAUACGCAGGGAGUUUAAAAAAUUCAGAUGCCUAAAUCUUGAGGGUUUUUCAGGCCAUUUAAAAUUCAUUCCUGGCUUCCAGUAAAUUCAUCAGUAUGUGUGUUUUGACUGCUUAUAUAAUGACGACACACACACACACACACACACACACACUAAUCAGAGUAGUACAUGUUGUUGUUGUUGUUGUUGUUGUUGAGGGUUGUGGCGUUGCCUCCCUGCCGCUCUCCAGUCUUCAGACUGUCAGACCUCAUCCUCCAUGUUGUGGAUUUGAGUCCUGAGUGUGAGUCUGUGAUUAGAUCACGAUCACCGGACUGUACCUCUGAUCCACAUGCACGUGUGUGAGCUGAGGACUUGUCAGUGUGGCGCAAUGGCCUCCACUGCCGCCCGUCUCACGCCCUCCUCCUCUCGUCCCUCCUCCCUCCCUCCCCCCCGGCAGAUCGACCCCCUGGAGAUGGACCCAGACAUGCAGUCCCUGGGCAGCACCACCUGGCUCUUGGACCACCGGGACUCCAACAGGCGCCCCGUCAGCACCAAGUACGAGACCACCAUAUUCUGAGGCGGGACCCCCACAGCCGCCCCUCUGCACCCCCUCGUACUUCCCCCCUGCCCCCCCUGCAUCCGGUUCUUGGUUCCUCUCUCUCACACAGACACACAGACACAUGAAAAACAUGCAAGCCCCGUGCCUUCUCACUGUGAUGGUAUAGCAUCCCUCAGGGCUGCCCACUCCUGCACCCUCCUUUGCCCUGCCCAGUGACCCACACAAACCUCUCCACCCGCCAUAACAAACACUCCUGCGGCUCCCCCCCGUGCCUCCCCGCCACCCCCCCGGCAGCCUCCCUCGCCUGUUGCUGCUACAGCCCGUGCCGGAGCCCCGGAGCCCCGGACCGGACGAUCCUGGACUGAUGUCAUUUUACAGUGGCCCUGCUCUCUCAACCAAACUGCCUCUUCCUCCUCAUCCUCCUCCUCCUGACAACAUGCAUCUGCCUCCAAAUCCCAGAUAGCUCCCAGAGGUUGCAUCUUUAUUAUUCUUUACUUUUUUCAGACCUAUUUUUAACCAAAUCUAUUCUCCGCUGGCAAAACAAGCAUGCUUAUUUUUAUUUGGCUCUGUACUCGACUUUCAGAUUUAAGUCACAGCGAGUUUCAUUUCUUGGAGGGUUGAGUUUAUGUUACGGAGUAAACGAAGAGGUCGCACUGUUGAUGAAAUAUCAAAAUAUAUAUAAAACAGAUUAACUGUUCAGAGGAAAAGUUCAACAUAUUGGGAAAUACACACGUUCACUGACUCAUUUCUGUGUUUUUAGGUUUUAUUUAUUGUUUAUAAUUUGCUCUAUGAUGUAUCUGUGUGUGCAGCUGUCGUAUUAGCCUAUCAUCCAGAUUGAAAAGAAGACAAACAGCCGACCUGGUUAUUAAAAAAAAAACAUUCAGAUCCAUUUAAAAGCAUCUUUCUUACAUCACGGAUCUUGUUAGUUAAACGGGGACACCAUGAGAAACUGGACUUCAUGUCAGACCAGAUCCAAACCAGCCCGACAGCUCAGAGAUGUUCCUGCUUCGUUCCUCGAUUAUGUUUUAAAAUAUUAAUCAGGAAAAAUCGACUGUAAACUAAAAAGACUCCAUGUUUUCAUUUCCUCACCAUAGGGAGACAUUAGUCCUAAAAAAAGACUGCUCUCAUGAGCAGGGGUGUGUCCAGAGGGGCGAGGGAUGGCAUGGGCCCCCCUGGGAUCUGAUUGGCCACCCCUGAAUGGAAAACUAUAAUUAUUUAUUUGCCUUGAUAAAGUUGAGACUUGUGUAAAAUUCAGCUGUUUGGAUGGUGUUGCAGGCAUGUAGUGAUUUCCUUUGCUCUAUGAAAUAUUAUUUUAAACAUUUUAAAAUUGUCUUUGCACUUUAGAUUUGAUAUUUCGGUUUUUCAUUAUUUUAAAAAUUGAGCUUUGAAGCGUCAUGUGUUGUUCUUUAGUCAGUUUUUAGGUACAGAAAAUACACAGGAUUCAGACGGUUGUGUCGUAUUUUAACUGUGAUCGUUAUCGUAGAUUUGACGAGUGGAUCUUUCAGGACGCUUCGGUUCAACAGGACAGAUUCAGACGUGCCUGAGUACAGGAAGUUUAUAAGAGUUUGUUACAUUUUCUGUCAGAGCUGUGAAUCUUGUUUUUUUAUUAUUAAAUAACUGAUUUAAAAAAUAAGGAAAAAAAUAAUCUGGAUUAGCAAAAAUAUUAACUUUUAUAAGUGAAAGUUUGUUUGGAAACACUUGGCUGAUGUGUGUUUUCGUUUAAUAGUUGAAUCAGUGUUUCAUCUGUUUAUAUGACGGAGGCCGGGUUUGUGUCUUAUACUGCAGCCAGCCAGUAGAGGGAGCUCUAAAAAUGAUGGCUUAAACAGUUUUAUUUUAAUGUCCUGUCUACGUUCUCGACAGGAACAUUUUGACUCAGAAAUCUUGAGUUUCUUGAGUUUAGCGGUCCUGCUCUUUUCUUCUCUGUGAGGAUCAGACUGAACAGAUGAAGUCUGUUUGAUCCUUCUACCUUUGAGUAACGCAGAGCUCGCCGUUUCCUUAAUUUCGGUCGCCAAGCUAACGUCGCUGUAGGUGUGUUUCCCAACGAUGUUGAACUUUCUUGAACACUAAAACAGAUCAGACUCUCAGCCUUUGAGCUAAAAGCAUGCUAACUUCAGUUUUUUAACAUCAUCUCUUUACUUUUUAAUUUUCUUAAUUCUUUGAUUGUUUGGUUGUUUUGCCUGAAGAAAGUUAUAUAUUUUUUUCUUUCUCCAUCUUUAGCCUGUCCUGUCUUACCAGGCAUCUACCACUGUGAGGCACUAUGAGGAGGCUGCUUUGCUAGCAUGGGAUGCAAGACGGACAAUUAACCGAUGAAAGAUAAAAAAAACAGCAACAUGCAGCAAAACAACCUGUUAUUUUUCUUUUCUACGCAUUUGUACAGUAGUCAUAUUACAACACGAUGGAUCGGUCACCAAUCCAUCACUGAUGUCUGAACUCAAACGGACCAAGAACUGAACCCUGGUACAAACACACAGGAGGACUACUUCACACGUAAGCGAGGACGACAGCCUUACUUCGUUUCGGGUUAUAAUCUAUAAUCAACUAAAGCCCCCACCUUCCCGAAUAUAUCGCACCCAUCACGACCCGACAACUGCACGCCACCCCCUGCUUCUAGAAGACUUAAAAAAAGACGACACCGCUGAUGUCCGGGUGUUUUUAAAGUGACUGUGACCGGCUGCGAUGGGACGUUGGUUUUAUGAUGGUACAGUUUAGUCCAGAUGAGAGUCUUUGCUCUGGCCUUGUACUGCCCGCCCUGCAGUCUCUCAGCAUUCAUGGUAGCAAUGAGAGACUGCAAACCAAAAAAAAGAGAAAAGAAAUCACAGCAUCUUCUUGUCAAUUUAACAAAAAGAAAAAAGAAAAAAAAAGAAAACACUGUGUUCAAAUACGGCACUAUCCCUUUUAAUACCUUCUUUUCUUUUCUUACGACGGUGCAGAUAGUGCACUUUGUGAUACUUUUUGAUAGACCGGGUCUGACUGAAAAUCUUCAGGGGAGAGUGACUAAAAAAAGGAUCAUGAAGGAUCCUGAUGAUACAACAAGAGGUGAAAAAUGGAGACGAAGCAUACAAAGAAAAAAAACAACAACAUUAAAGGCACAUUUCACGAUUUAGCGAUCAGAACCCUCCACUGCACGAUUUUAUUAACGAUGAGGCUGCAGCACAAUUCGGCGCAUGUUCCCAAACAUACGAUCGUCUUCUCAUGGUUACAUGGGAGGGUAUCCCAGGGUAACAGGUUUUUAAUUCCAGCAGAUUACAGCGAGCCCAAUCCAAGUGUUGCUCUGGUGUCAUGUUAAUACGAAUGGAUUUGUUACGCCGAGAACGUGACACCCUCUUUAUUUCUUUUCUUCUUCUUCGUCUCCCUUCUUCUUUAUUAAAAAAAAAAAAGAUUUCCCUCACUGCACUGUGACUCAAAAAUGCUCGUGGUGGAGUCGACACGAAUCUGUGGGUUCUCCUCUGUGUGCACUACCUGCUGUGCGUGCUGUAUGCCUUGUUCCUUGUCUGUCCUCAUGGGAGUUUGGACUGUUAACAUCACUGUCCGCUCGCUGUCCUUGUGUUUUUUUUUCAUGUGUGCUGCAGGAGAGAGGAGGCAUUGAGCUCCUGUGUGGCUGCAGACUGACUGUUAUAAAAAAAGAUGAUGUAGCUGGUCUGUGUGUGCGGUACCGUGGCCGUGUCUUCGCCACCUUGUUCUGACUGUUCACUGUUAGCUUCCACUGAUGAUGCAUGAUGGCAGUGUUUCUUUGUGUUUUGUCCCCUUUGAUGCACUCGGCCUGAGCAGUCUUUGUUUGUACUGUUGUAGCCGUGUCUCGUCUCUCUCCACUCACCUGCCAUUUCCGCUUCUUCUGUUCCCUCACACACAAAUACCGCGCUCUCAUCCUCAUCCCUCCCUCAUGUCUCCAUUUGCCUUCAUCCCUCCAACAUUUUGUCACGUAUGUUCUUCUUCUUCUUCUUCCAUUUUGUGUGUCACCAAGACAACCUGCUCUAGUAUGGAUGCAUAAUGUAAAAGCAUUACACUUUAAUGAGCAGCAGCUAUUUCCAGCAAGUUUUGGUGGCAUGAUAUGGCUGUGCAUGUACCGGUCUCUUUUUUAACAUUGGUGUUUUCCUUGUGUAGCUCACCCCAGCGUUCAAGUUUCCGGAUACCAAGCUGUGAGUUGAAGGGGAGCAGCCCGCGAUGCGAGUGUGUUUUGCGUGUGUUCAGUUAGUUAGUGGGCAGAGCAGCGGAAGAGAGAGGGAGAGAGAUAGAUAAGAGAGAGAGAGAGAGAGGAAAUGAGAGGUAAGCCUUAUGCAACGUGCAGGGCCAAAGCAGAGCUACUCUGACAUUUUAGAUCUCACUCUGUAAACCCCACCCCCACUCCCACUCCCACCCUGAUACGACUCCCAACACACAGACCAACAGUUCACCUGGAUAAACAGGACCUGUGUAUCACUCCUGAGAGCGGUCCAGACUAUUUCCUGGCCUCUGAGUGACUUUCUGAUCCUGUCAUGUAGGUACUGUAAUGUUUAGAGCACUGUAGACCAUUUAUGAUAUAGACCAUUACUGAGCAUUUCUAUUGAUUCAGGUCUAUUGGAGAGAGGAGCUGGAGGUUAUUUAGGGUCAUGAGAUGUAGAGAAAAUAGAAAAAGAAGAGAAACUGUACCAGCAUACAACGCUCUGCCCGUGUUUGUGGACAGAGUACGGUUUGUCAAAGAAAAUGUGAUACUGUUUCAAAUUUCAAAGCAAUAUUAUAUUAAUGAAAUUAAAUACUACAAUGACAAAAGAACCCCUCUCAAGUCUGUUGUCGGCAUUGAUUUUGUUUUAUAUGAUCGAAUAGAAAGAAAAACAGACGGUUUGAAUGUAAAGUGACAAAUUUAACAGCAGAGUAAUUACUGUACAAUUACACCAUCAGUGGUUCCCCUGCCAUGGAGAUUAGUGGGUGGUGCAACUUCUAAUCUCAACAAACGCCCCAGUUAGUGAUUAUGGUGUUAUAUUAAAUUCAAGUCACAGAGCUAAACAUCCCAUUUUCUGGAGCGCCUGCUGAUCACAAUCCCAUAAAACUCCUCUGUCAUCUCGAUGUUAAACACGCCGUUUGUUUUCGUGAUUAAAAACAGAUUUACAGUUCAGACUCGCUCCUGUCAAAGACGUUUUAGUCAAAUAUCCUCAAAAACACAGUUAUAAGUUCAUAAAAAGGAUAAAGACGUGUUUUUUUUUAUAAUUGCUGCCCCAGAAUCAACAGCUGUGUCCCAGUUCAGGAGCUGCAUCCUUCCAAGGCAGAACGGCGAGGGCUGUCCCACUUUGAAGGCUGAUCCAAUUCGUCCUACUUUUCUGGUCAAACAAGAUGGCCGACUAUCAAACAGUUCCCUCUACAUAACAAACUGAGAAAGACUCUUAAGGUCCUCACACACCGGGAACGACGCAAAUAUACAACGCUAAAUUACGAAAUAUUCAGAGGCGAAUUUUGACGCGCCUGACUAAACACAUCGAGCGCGAUGCGAUUUUACGACUUUCUGGGGGAAAAAGACGCGUCCCGGGUGGAAGUGAGAAGACUGAGCCAACAGCAGACUGAGUGUUUCUCAGUUCUGAUCAGACUCUAGUGUUGAGAUGUCUGUCUGUCAUGAUAGCAUGUACUGAGUCGGGUCAGAACCAGAUAAACACAUUAAACUAUAAUCCAUAAACGUGAGGGAACAACCGAGACCUGAUGGAGCUGAGACUGAGUUUACAGUGAAAAUACAGAUGGUCUGUUGUAUCUGAACAGGUUAGCUUACGAGCUAAAGUUACUUAGCACAGUAAAUCAGUAAAUCACUCUGUUCUCCGACACGUAAACAAUCAGCCGGUCGGCCAUGUUGGAUAUACCGCUGAAUCUGACGUCGCAACAACACGAAAUCUGAUUGGUCAGAAGUGGACACACAGUAUGAGAAACUUUAGAAAAUUUGACCGUGAUCCGAAAAAAUAAAUGCCGCAAUAUCGCAGGACGGGAAAACGUCGCUGAUGUGAACGCUUGUAUUGACAGGAUACGGGUUCAAAAGAAAUAUUGACGUCCAAAAUAAUUGCACGAAAAAAAAAAACGCUCUCGGUGUGAAAGGACCUUUAUUUUGAAAAUAUCUUUGUGAUGAUGAUUGUUUCAUGAAUCUAUGUUCGUUAGCCAGCUAGCUAGGCCCUGUAGGGCGCUUUGUGAGGCCUUUGAAAUGACGAGGUCGACCACGGACACAAACGGAGAACCCCCCACGGAUCAGACCGUCUCCAUAGAGUCCAGUCUGCAUGAAGUACAAGACCGGGUCCUUUAAAGACAACAGCCUCUGAACAAGAACGUCUCUAAUUUAGGUUUGAGUCUCAUUCACCGACCAAUCAGAGGACCAGAAAUCCUCUCAGAACAGGAUACAGGAACUAAAACACAGUAACACUGGAUAACAUCUGAACUUCCUUCACGCUCAAACAGAAACCCUCCUGAAUAAACGGCCGAGUGUCAAACUCCACAGAGAGGACUCGUGGUGAUCGGGGUGUCAGGGGUCUUCAGUUUGACUCCGUUUGACCAAAGCAGAGGGCAGAGAGAGAGGAGAGGGGGGCGUGUCCGAACAGAUCAGGAUCUGGAGCGUUUUUAGGGUCGAUCAAACUGUGAAAAACUCUCGGGGCUUUUUCUCCUGCAGGACCGUCAGUGAUUAGAGAGUUUGAGUCAGAUCCUUAUUGACACGAGCAGGAAGGAGGAGCCAUGAGGGUUUACACAAGUGUUUAAGGUCGAGUCGGUUUAAUAAUGACCGUUAAAUAUGAGCCUGUUUACCGACCAUCACAGCUCCACUUCCUCCACAGUAUUGAAUCAUUUGUUGUCCUUGAAUUUUCUCUCGUUCUCGUUUUAAUAAUCAGGAACAGACUCGCGUGUUUGUCGGACCUGGAAUUCAUCAAUUUAACAAAAAUACUGCAGUUUAGUCUGAGGAUCAUAAAUCAACGCCGGAGUUUUCUGGGGAACUUUCUAAAGAAUAAAAGAGAUAAAUGUGGGAGGAUGUUGGUGAAAUAAUAACGGAGGAGAGCGUUUCUGAGACGAUGUUUAACUCUGUGACUCCUGCAGCUCCGUUCACCCGUUCAGCUCAGAGAAGUGAUCGAACCCAAACCACUGAGUCUGUCUCAAACAUACCGUUAGUUCUUCAUGAUGGAGUCAAACCUUCUCCUCCUCCUCAGCUUUCUGCAUGAUGUAGUGUUUCAUAUUCUCGCUGUAAAGGAAGUUGGAUGUGCUGAAAAUGUUAAAUUUGACCUCACAGCUUUUCAUCCCUCCAUAUUUAUUAUCUCCGUCCGCCGUCUGCAUCUUUGACCUGUGAUGUGCCGUUUUCUCCAGGUUGUAUGACGUCAGUUUCGCUCCUUGUGUUGAAGUUUAACUUUAUAAAAUGAUUAUGACCACAUCCACUACAUCCUGCAGACUAAGCUUUGAGGCGCUCUGCUUCUGUGAUCCACCUGGCCUGCUGUCUUGUGCUUCAAAACUUCGAGGAGCUGAACGGUGACUGCUUGCUUUUUUUUUCUUUCUCAUUCGCUUCGUCUUUAAUUGUUGGAUGUUGAGCGCAUCACCCUCCACUGCAGGGGCGACCCUGAUGAUACUUUGGUUUAGAAUCAAAAGUGUAAAAAACCAGAAGAAUUCAGACACAUAUCUUUGGUAAACUCGACACAAUCACCUCUGAUAAAACUCGAUAAUGAGAGAAAACAACUACAAACACUAUUUACAGCCUGUCAGCACAAUCUUUGGUGUUCUGUGUGUUUUUUUCCUGAGUGUGUUUUAAAACCGUCAAACACUUUUUUCCAGGAAACUCAGAGACAUGAUAAAAACCCGUCAUCUGUCCGAGUUUUCUCAUGAACACCAUCUGAACUCUUCCUCUUCCACGUAUAAAAUGAUUCCUCCUUUGUUUCGUUCAGACUGUCGGGUUUUUUUCCUCUAAAAUGCUCGAGAUGCAUUAAUUCGAUUCUGACUCAGCAUCUGCCUCCUGGGCUCAUUUACAUUUUUGUUGAAUAACUGAAAAAAUAUAAUAAGAUGCUGCUUUUUUCUGCAGACUAUCAAUGUUUUUCUCCCACUCGCUCUAUUUACACUGUGUAGCUUCUGUUCGCUCCAAAUCUUCGCCUAAUGGCAGCUUAUGUCGACUUCCUGGGCGGUCGCCCGGGUUACCCUCAGUCUAGCGCGAGUCCUCUGCGUUCUCGGCCUCUCCUGGCGGGAACAGCAGUUUCCUGAGGACGGGGGCGUAGAAGGGACCAAAGACGGUCCGGUUGAAGUGGACGAUUCGCCCAAAGGCCGUCCCCAGCUCGGCGAGCUCAGCACUUACCAGCCUGAGGGGGGCGGGCAGCUCUGGACUCCUUUUAGCGGGGCCGCCCUGCAGCAUGGCCUGGAGGAAGCCCUGUACCCUCUCUCCUGUUUGAUCGAGAGGAGGAGCAGGAGGAGGAGGAGGAGGAGGAGGAGAGAGAGAUGCAAAGAGGGAUGAGGGGGAGGAUGAAGAAAAGGAGAGAAAGUAAGAAGUCAGCUCUCUGCUGCAGCAGCAGGAUAACAACUUCAGUCACAUGAUUAUAGGACAGACUGCAACAGCUGACUGAGACUUCAGUGUUUACAAAUGAACUCAAAUAUACAAACAUGACAAAACUAAAGAUACACAACCGUAAAGAUCGAAGAGUCUUACAUCAGAGAAAACACAGACCUUUAAAGAAGUUUAAGAUACAAACAUGUUUGAACAUCUUUAGGCUAAAACAUCCAGGAUCAGCGUAUCUGGAGCGUAACGACAGCGGCGUCUCGUAUCAAACAGGUUUUUAUUCUAAUCAAAGCAGCAGAACAGGACGAGUAUCAGCUCCGUCGCAGCGUCGUAUGAGAGCAGCUCUGCUAAAGAUACGCGGCGAGUCGAUUUUUACAGAGAAGAUCGUUUUAGACAGGAAGUCAAGCAGGAAAACCGCGCAUGUCAUCCGGUAUUUCAAAAUAAAACCCC